AUGGACGAAAUACUAAGUAAGCUACAGAAGGACGCAUCUGGAAAUAAGCACAAAGCAAUUCGGGAUGCGUGCCUCUUCGCCUGUGGUGAGUAGCCUAUAAUAACAGGCUGCAACAGACACUAGCCAAUGUUGCACCUGUCAUAGAAUCGAAAACUGACCAAAGAUAGGCGUGUGUUUCAGGCUUCCUGAAAAACCCUCGUUUAGUAGUUCAGCCAUUCAGAUGGUCAACUAUUUUACUAUGCCUGCUGCUGACUUUCCGGAAAUAUUCUUAUCAGGCUACUGGAGAGUGGAAAACGGACGUAGCAUUAUGUGCCAUGGCCAACUCGGCAGCACCCAGACCAGUGCAAUUAUUAAAGCACUCAUUCACCUAUUUGGCCACAUUACAUGUGAGCAUUUCUGUUGUCCCUAAUGCAAUUGACAGGUGGGCAAUAGCUGUCGCAUCAAUCAUAAUGUUUAUGAAUGACAGGUGGGCAAUAGCUGUCGCAUCAAUCAUAAUGUUUAUGAAUGACAGGUGGGCAAUAGCUGUCGCAUGAAUCAUAAUGUUUAUGAAUGACAGGUGGGCAAUAGCUGUCGCAUCAAUCAUAAUGUUUAUGAAUGACAGGUGGGCAAUAGCUGUCGCAUCAAUCAUAAUGUUUAUGAAUGACAGGUGGGCAAUAGCUGUCGAAUCAAUCAUAAUGUUUAUGAAUGACAGGUGGGCAAUAGCUGUCGCAUCAAUCAUAAUGUUUAUGAAUGACAGGUGGGCAAUAGGUGUCGCAUCAAUCAUAAUGUUUAUGAAUGACAGGUGGGCAAUAGCUGUCGCAUCAAUCAUAAUGUUUAUGAAUGACAGGUGGGCAAUAGCUGUCGCAUCAAUCAUAAUGUUUAUGAAUGACAGGUGGGCAAUAGCUGUUGCAUCAAUCAUAAUGUUUAUGAAUGACAGGUGGGCAAUAGCUGUUGCAUAAAUCAUAACGUUUAUGAAUGACAGGUGGGCAAUAGGUGUUGCAUCAAUCAUAAUGUGUAUGAAUGAUAGAUGGGCAAUAGGUGUUGCAUCAAUCAUAAUGUUUAUGAAUGACAGGGGGAAAAUAGCUGUUGCAUCAAUCAUAAUGUUUAUGAAUGACAGGUGGGCAAUAGCUGUUGCAUCAAUCAUAAUGUUUAUGAAUGACAGGCGGGCAAUAGCUGUUGCAUAAAUCAUAACGUUUAUGAAUGACAGGGGGGCAAUAGGUGUUGCAUCAAUCAUAAUGUUUAUGAAUGACAGGCGGGCAAUAGCUGUUGCAUAAACCAUAACGUUUAUGAAUGACAGGGGGGCAAUAGGUGUUGCAUCAAUCAUAAUGUUUAUGAAUGAUAGGUGGGCAAUAGGUGUUGCAUAAAUCAUAAUGUUUAUGAAUAUUGUUGUAUGAGGUAAUGAUAUAUAAUGCACUUUCCAUGACCCCUGGUCACAUUCUUUAGGACCUACACAGAGCCAUAUUAUUGACCCCCUUAGGAACUUUCUUUCACAUAUGACAUGUACAGUGAGGGAAAAAAGUAUUUGAUCCCCUGCUGAUUUUGGACGUUUGCCCACUGACAAAGAAAUGACCAGUCUAUAAUUUUAAUGGUAGGUUUAUUUGAACAGUGAGAGACAGAAUAACAACAAAAAAAUCCAGAAAAACGCAUGUCCAAAAUGUUAUCAAUCGAUUUGCAUUUUAAUGAGGGAAAUAAGUAUUUGACCCCUCUGCAAAACAUGACUUAGUACUUGGUGGCAAAACCCUUGUUGGCAAUCACAGAGGUCAGAAGUUUCUUGUAGUUGGCCACCAGGUUUGCACACAUCUCAGGAGGGAUUUUGUCCCACUCCUCUUUGCAGAUCUUCUCCAAGUCAUUAAGGUUUCGAGGCUGACGUUUGGCAACUCGAACCUUCAGCUCCCUCCACAGAUUUUCUAUGGGAUUAAGGUCUGGAGACAGGCUAGGCCACUCCAGGACCUUAAUGUGCUGCUUCUUGAGCCACUCCUUUGUUGCCUUGGCCGUGUGUUUUGGGUCAUUGUCAUGCUGGAAUACCCAUCCACGACCCAUUUUCAAUGCCCUGGCUGAGGGAAGGAGGUUCUCACCCAAGAUUUGACGGUACAUGGCCCCGUCCAUCGUCCCUUUGAUGCGGUGAAGUUGUCUUGUCCCCUUAGCAGAAAAACACCCCCAAAGCAUAAUGUUUCCACCUCCAUGUUUGACGGUGGGGAUGGUGUUCUUGGAGUCAUAGGCAGCAUUCCUCCUCCUCCAAACACGGCGAGUUGAGUUGAUGCCAAAGAGCUCCAUUUUGGUCUCAUCUGACCACAACACUUUCACCCAGUUCUCCUCUGAAUCAUUCAGAUGUUCAUUGGCAAACUUCAGACAGGCAUGUAUAUGUGCUUUCUUGAGCAGGGGGACCUUGCGGGCGCUGCAGGAUUUCAGUCCUUCACGGCGUAGUGUGUUACCAAUUGUUUUCUUGGUGACUAUGGUCCCAGCUGCCUUGAGAUCAUUGACAAGAUCCUCCCGUGUAGUUCUGGGCUGAUUCCUCACCGUUCUCAUGAUCAUUGCAACUCCACGCGGUGAGAUCUUGCAUGGAGCCCCAGGCCGAGGGAGAUUGACAGUUAUUUUGUGUUUCUUCCAUUUGCGAAUAAUCGCACCAACUGUUGUCACCUUCUCACCAAGCUGCUUGCCGAUGGUUUUGUAGCCCAUUCCAGCCUUGUGUAGGUCUACAAUCUUGUCCCUGACAUCCUUGGAGAGCUCGUUGGUCUUGGCCAUGGUGGAGAGUUUGGAAUCUGAUUGAUUGAUUGCUUCUGUGGACAGGUGUCUUUUAUACAGGUAACAAGCUGAGAUUAGGAGCACUCCCUUUAAGUGUGUGCUCCUAAUCUUAGCUCGUUACCUGUAUAAAAGACACCUGGGAGCCAGAAAUCUUUCUGAUUGAGAGGGGGUCAAAUACUUAUUUCCCUCAUUAAAAUGCAAAUCAAUUUAUAACAUUUUUGACAUGCGUUUUUCUGGAUUUUUUUGUUGUUAUUCUGUCUCUCACUGUUCAAAUAAACCUACCAUUAAAAUUAUAGACUGAUCAUUUCUUUGUCAGUGGGCAAACGUACAAAAUCAGCAGGGGAUCAAAUACUUUUUUCCCUCACUGUAGGCCUAUUCAAUAAUGGCACAGCAGUUUUCCCAUUAGUACAGAGCACAUUAACCUAUUCACAUUUGAAUUUCAGGCCAAGCUCUAUCACUGAUUGACACAUUUUCUUUCUUUAAAUACCAAAAUGCCAGGUUGUUGUGACAGAAAUUACUGAGUACUGUAAUUGUCCACUCCACAGUGGAACCUGCUCUUUGCAAGGCUCCUGUCACCUCUCUGUGAGGAAUUAGAGUGACACGAUAGCACAGGGCUGCCUGGCAGACAGCUGCCCUCCUUCCUGCAGCUGUAUACCAAUGGACAGCAGGUAUGCUGGUGCGAGAUUAAUGCAAUAUUGCACAUAGGGCACAUGAAUAAAGGCAAGGACAAGGAGAACUUAUCCACUCCCACACACGUACUACAUUAUUCAUGCUGCCAUUUCAAUGUGAAUAUCAUCAUAUGGUAAUGGUUUUAAUGAACUUCCUGUUUUUCUAGAAAACCUAGACCAAACUGACCUGUGUUUCAGAUUCUGAUACUGUACCACAACAAAGACUGGGUAUUCUACAGAAAGACUGAGAACCAUAUGGCCAGUCCAGUCCUAUGUUAUUCUACAGAAAGACUGAGAACCAUUGGGCCAGUCCAGUUCUAUGUUACUCUACAGACAGACUGAGAACCAUUGGGCCAGUCCAGUCCUAUGUGAUUUGAUGUCUUAGCUGUAAUCUGUUUCUUUUGUGUUGUAUAUGAUUACAGAAACCCUUCAGAAACAAAAUGGAUCAGCCAAGAUUCCCCCGUCUCGGCUCAGGUAAGUUAGUAAACAUCAUCAAGAGUUGGUUUGACUUCAGUCGUGUUUGUGUGUGUUGAGUCAGUGUGAUUGUUGUGAUGUUUCACUCUUCACAGUCCUACCAUUCCCUCACCCACACAUGCACACACACAUCCAUGGAGACACGCGCACACAUAAAACACACGCACACACACCCAACAACACCUGCUGUGCUAGCAAGAAGGCAGUGUGAAGAUCAUGAUUUAUCAUAGGAAAAACUGUGAGUAUGAUAGUGCUCUAAAUUAAUUAAACAUUUGCAGUAUUCACCUUUCUUCAAAGCUGAUAAAAUUCCAGAGUUAAUGAUUUAGCCUGUGUUGGUUUAGUCUGCGUAUUAUAGUUUUGCCAAUAACAGUAACUACUCAUGUUUUCUUUUUUCACUCUUGCUCUUGUUUUCGACAAUUGUUAGUGUAUUCCAAAUUACUUCUUCCACAGUUGAAUUCUCCUAACAUUCUCUGCCCAGGACUCACAAAUUAUCUCCCUUUCUGCCAGCUCAGCAACUGCAGAGACCCACACCUCUGCAUGUCCUCCCUCCGCUUCCCCCAGUGAUAUUUCUGUCAGCAAAACAUGCUGUCACAUGCUGGAACUGAAAAGGAAUCCACGCUACACUGAGUUAGCCUCUGUUUGUCUCUGCAGUGUAACAGUUAUUCCCUCCGGCUAAAUGAGAGGUCUUGUGUAGGCUGGUGUUAGAUCUGCAGGCUGGUGUUAGAUAUGGAAGCUGGUGUUAGAUCUGGAGGCUGGUGUUAGAUAUGGAUCUGGAGGCUUGUGUUUGAUCUGGAUCUGGAGGCUGGUGUUAGAUCUGGAUCUGGAGAAUGGUGUUAGAUCUGGAGGCUGGUGUUAGAUCUGGAGGCUGGUGUUAGAUCUGGAUCUGGAGGCUUGUGCUUGAUCUGGAUCUGGAGGCGGGUGUUAGAUCUGGAUCUGGAGAAUGGUGUUAGAUUUGGAGGCUGGUGUUCGAUUUGGAGUCUGGCGUUAGAGUUUGUGGUUGGUGUUAGAUUUGGAGGCUGGUGUUAGAUUUUGAGGCUGGUGUUAGCGUUUGAGGUUGGUUUUAGAUCUAGAGGCUGGUGUUAGAUCUGGAGGAUGAUGUUAGAUAUGGAUCUGGAGGCUGGUGUUGUAUCUGGAAGCUGGUGUUAGAUCUGGAGACUGGUGUUAGUUCUGGAUCAGGAGGCUGGCGUUAGAUCUGGAUCCAGAGGCUGGUGUUAGAUAUGGAUUUGUAGGCUGGUGUUAGAUAUGGAUCUGGAAGCUGGUGUUAGAUCUGGAUCUGGAGGCUGGUGUUAGAUCUGGAUCUGGAGGCUGGUGUUAGAUCUGGAGGCUUGUGUUAGAUCUGGAUCUGGAGGCUGGUGUUAGAUCUGGAUCUGGAGGCUGGUGUUAGAUCUGGAUCUGGAGGCUGGUGUUAGAUCUGGAUCUGGAGGCUGGUGUUAGAUCUGGAUCUGGAGGCUGGUGUUAGAUCUGGAUCUGGAGGCUGGUGUUGAUAUGGAUCUGGAGGCUGGUGUUGAUAUGGAUCUGGAGGCUGGUGUUAGAUCUGGAUCUGGAGGCUGGUGUUAGAUAUGGAGGCUGGUGUUAGAUCUGGAUCUGGAGGCUGGUGUUGGAUAUGGAUCUGGAGGCUGGUGUUAGAUCUGGAGGCUGAUGUUAGAUCUGGAUCUGGAGUCUGUGGUUAGAUCUGGAUCUGGAGGCUGGUGUUAGAUCUGGAGGGCUGGUGUUAGAUCUGGAUCUGGAGUCUGGGGUUAGAUCUGGAUCUGGAGGCUGGUGUUAGAUCUGGAUCUGGAGGCUGGUGUUAGAUAUGGAUCUGGAGGCUGGUGUUAGAUCUGGUCUGGAGGCUGGUGUUAGAUCUGGAUUUGGAGACUGGUGUUAGAUAUUGGUCUGUACGCUGGUGUUAGAUAUGGAGGCUGGUGUUAGAUAUGGAUCUGUUGGCUGGUGUUAUAUCUGGAUGUGGAGACUGGUGUUAGAUCUGGAUCUGGAGGCUGUUGUUAGAUCUGGAUCUGUAGGCUGGUGUUAGAUAUGGAUCUGGAGGCUGGUGUUAGAUAUGGAUCAGUAGGCUGGUGUUCGAUCUGUAUGUAGAGACUGGUGUUAGAUCUGGAUCUGUAGGCUGGUGUUAGAUAUGGAUCUGGAGGCUGGUGUUAGAUCUGGAGGCUGGUGUUCGAUCUGGAGGGCUGGUGUUAGAUCUGGAUCUGGAGGCUGGUGUUAGAUCUGGAUCAGUAGGCUGGUGUUAGAUCUGGAUCUGGAGGCUGGUGUUAGAUCUGGCAGAUACCAUCACCUCAGAGUCUGUCUGUCUCCAUGUAAUCAUAUUCCGCCUGCUGUCCUGUUAUUUGGAAUGCUGUCUGGUUAUGUAGAGACCUUUUCAUUGCCUUGCCUUGUGUGCCCUGUGAUGUUAGUCUGACAGUGGGAGGCUAUUACAGGAUUUAUAUAAGAGUCCAAUUGCCGGACCCAAUUUAGUUAUUCUUUGAGGUUUAACCCCAUCCCUUUAAUUCAAAGUUCAAUAGCCUGCUUCAAUCAGUGAUCUCAGUUAGCUUAUAUCAAUGACCUGACUAUGCCCCCUUUGAAACACUCAUCUUAAACUGUCAUGCAAUUGAAUCAAUGGGUGAAACUUCCUUCCCUAACAUCAAUAACAUGAAUAGUUAACAGCAGGUAUGAUUAGUCUCAGCCUCAGGCAUUAAUAAUAUAUUGAUAUACAGUGGGUUUUCAGGCUCAGUAACCUGCACACUGACCAGUGGUUGCAUAACUCCUACACUGCAUCAACAUUAGAUAUUCACAUUGACACAGUAUAGCCAUGACAGGCCAUGAGCAGCCUCAGAGGGAAAUAUACUUCCAUCCCUGAUACCAGUAAGCUUCCCAGAUAGGCUUAGUGCAUACUUGGAAAUAAGUUGGCAUUGUAGAUUACUGAUAAUGGUGUUAUGAUGAAUUGAAGUGCAUCCAGUCUCAUACUCUUUAUCUAGUUAUAGUUAUAUAGUUAAUGCUGCAUUUGUCAUUUUAAUGUUCAAUAUAUUGAUUAAUGGAAAGGUUGGGAUGAAGCUAGUUAUGGAAUGCUAAUUAGUUCCUUUAUAAGUGGCAGGAUACUAAUUGUGAAUUGUUUUGAUAAAUGUGUAUUGCACUGUUGAGGAGAGCUUGUGUAGGCAUUUCACUGUACCGUUUACACCCUGUCCUGUAAAUGUGACCAAUAAACUUUGAUUUGAUGAGAUGAGACAGGGGAAGUGUUGUUAAGCUCAGCAUGAUGCAUGAGUUUGAUACUGUAGACUGUAGCGAGAAGGCAUCUCCUUAUUAUGCAGAAUGUUCUGUUUAACACGCUCCCUGUAGCCAUUUCCAAAUGUAAUUCCAGUUGGUUAAAAAGGGCAAGGCUGGCGUCCUCAAUUCCGCUGUUUUUCCUUCCUUCUCUUGAAAUCUCUCUUCCUUCCUGCAAUGUUCUCGGAAAAAAAGCUUUUCCUUUUUUUAGAUUUUCUGCAUCAGCCAUAUAAUUUACUAUCAUUUUGAGGGCAAGCAGCAACAAGAAUUCUCCCAAAACAUAGUAUUUAAAAUGCCGUUAAUAAUAGGGGUUGUGUUGUGGAUUUGUGGCCUUGAUUUCAGACAGAUCAAGAUGAGAUGAAAUGUCUCUUGAUUUCAGACAGAUCAAGAUGAGAUGAAAUGUCUCUUGAUUUCAGACAGAUCAAGAUGAGAUGAAAUGUCUCGUGUUGUAGGCUGUUGUGAUUAUAUCAUUAUAUAAAAUAUUAUACUCACAGCCUGUCCCCUGAAACAUGGUGGAUGUGAAACUAUCAUGCUUGCUUUUGCUCCUGCUUUGUUUUCAUGGGAUGUGAACAUGUUAGCUGUAAUCUCUUUUUGGAAAGCCCCACAGGAAAUAAUUGUCAGAGUGCCCUCAAACCAACCUUCUCCAGUCUAAAUAUGAAAACUUUGCCCCAUUUGUUUUUUAUUUUCUCUCUGUAGCUUAAUUAUAUGUUUAUGUCUUUGCAGAGAAAGAUGCCUUCUCCCUCUUCAGCUGGCACUGGAGUCCAAGAACAGGAAGCUGGCCCAGACUGCCCUCACAGGAAUGCAGGUACAGUCCAGCAGCCAUACAUGCAGCAACAAUGACCUGUACAAAACAGCAGAUGGGGUUGAACCAGGAAAAGGUCAUUGCUUUGACUAGCCAUGCGUUUGUGAAACUACAGUACAUUCUAUACUGAACAAAAAUAUAAACGCAACAUGCAACAAUUUCAAAUAUUUUACUGAGUUAUAGUUCAUAUAAGGAAAUCAGUCAAUUGAAAUAAAUUCAUUAGGCCAUAAUCUAUGGAUUUCACAUGACUGGGAAUACAGAUAUGCAUCUGUUGGUCACAGAUACCCCCCCAAAAAAUGGGCCUCACAAUGGGCCUCAGGAUCUCAUCACAGUAUCUCUGUGCAUUCAAAUAGCCAUCAAUAAAAUGCAAUUGUGUUCGUUGUCCAUACUUAUGCCUGCCCAUACCAUAACCCCACCACCACCCUGGGGCACUCUGUUCACAACGGCUUAUGGUAGAGAAAUGAACAUUAAAUUAUCUGGUAACAGCUCUGGUGGACAUUCCUGCAGUCAGCAUGCCAAUUGUACGCUCCCUCAAAACUUGAGACAUCUGUGGCAUUGUGUUGUGUGACAAAACUACACAUCUUAGAUUGUUCCCAGCACAAGGUGCACAUGUGUAUUGAUCAAGCUGUUGGAUGGAUUAUCUUGGCAAAGAAGAAAUGCUUACUAACAGGGAUAUAAACACAUUUGAGAAAAAUAAGCUUUUUGUGUGUAUGGAAAAUGUCUGGGAUCUUUUAUUUCUGCUCAUGAAACAUGGGACCAACAUGCUGCUUUUAUAUUUUUGUUCAGUGUAAGAGGAAAUGUAGGUUAAUUACAUGCAUUACUGCUGCAGACCCAACCCUUUACCCUUCAGUGAGUCUUGAUUUGAAUUAUUUUUUGUCUGCCUAGAUUCUGAUGUUCUACACAGUAUUCAUUUUUUUUUUUACUGUGUAUUGAAUUGUCCCACUCUCUACCUGUAUCUGUCUCUCUCUCUCCUCCAUUUUGUACUGUUCUCCAUCCUACUCCUCCUGGUAUGACUGUAGAAGAUGCUGUCUGAGGACAGGUUUGUGGCCGUGGAGACGGAGGCUCUGGAGAGGCAGCUGUUGAGUCAGAUGCUGGACGCAGUGAGGGUGACCCCCAUGCUCCACGAGGACCUGCAGGUCGAGGUCAUGAAGGUCCGUCCUCUAUGCAUGCAGGGAUUAUUAAAGCGAUCAGAUGACUUAGUCUCUGUUAUAGUAAUUGACCCAGUCGAAACAUUGAUUAAAGAAGUAUACUUUAUAAUCCAAUAAAGAGUUUGACUGUUUUACCUCUGUUGAUGCUGUGUGAAGACUGCUGUUGUAUUGUAGUGUAGUGUAGUGUAGUGUAGUGUAUUGUACUGCACUAAGGGUCCCUACUCCCCAGGUAGUGAAGUAAAGCCGGGACCAGCCCCUGGCUUGUUGCCAGUCAGUUGUACUCAUUCACAUUCACAUUCACAUCGACGGGGCUGUAGUGGAGUGGGUCGAGAUCUUCAAGUUCCUCGGUGUCCACAUCACUAACAAAUUAACAUGGUCUACACACACAAACAUAGUCGUGAGGGGGCACGACAACGCCUCUUCCCCCUCAUGAGGCUGAAAAUAUUUGGCAUGGGCCCUCAGAUCCUCAAAAUAUUCUACAGCUGCACCAUUGAGAGCAUCUUGACUGGCUGCAUCACCGCUUGGGAUGCAAGGCAUCCGUCCACAAGGCGCUACAGAGGGUGGUGAGCACGGGGGGCCAGUAUAAAAAAUAUAUAUAUAUGUAUUCACUAACUGUAAGUCGCUCUGGAUAAGAGCGUCUGACUAAAAUGUAAAUGUAAAUGUACGGCCCAGUACACCACUGGGGUCGAACUCCCUGCCAUCCAGGACCUCUAUACCAGGCGGUGUCAGAGGAAAGCCCUAAAAAUUGUCAACGACUCCAGCCACCCAAAUCAUAGACUGUUCUCUCCAAAUAGCUACCCAGACUAUCUGCAUUGACCCUUUUUGCAAUAACUAUUUUUGAACUAUUCCCGUGUAGUUCUGGGCUGAUUCCUCACCGUUCUCAUGAUCAUUGCCACUCCACGAGGUGAGAUCUUGCAUGGAGCCCCAGACCGAGGGAGAUUGACAGUUAUUUUGUGUUUCUUCCAUUUGCGAAUAAUCGCACCAACUGUUGUCACCUUCUCACCAAGCUGCUUGGCGAUGGUCUUGUAGCCCAUUCCAGCCUUGUGUAGGUCUACAAUCUUGUCCCUGACAUCCUUGGGGAGCUCUUUGGUCUUGGCCAUGGUGGAGAGUUUGGAAUCUGAUUGAUUGAUUGCUUCUGUGGACAGGUGUCUUUUAUACAGGUAACAAGCUGAGAUUAGGAGCACUCCCUUUAAGAGUGUGCUCCUAAUCUUAGCUCGUUACCUGUAUAAAAGACACCUGGGAGCCAGAAAUCUUUCUGAUUGAGAGGGGGUCAAAUACUUAUUUCCCUAAUUAAAAUGCAAAUCAAUUUAUAACAUUUUUGACAUGCGUUUUUCUGGAUUUUAGUUUUUGUUAUUCUGUCUCUCACUGUUCAAAUAAACCUACCAUUAAAAUUAUAGACUGAUCAUUUCUUUCUCAGUGGGCAAACGUACAAAAUCAGCAGGGGAUCAAAUACUUUUUUCCCUCACUGUACAUGCGUACUGGGCAUACCUUAGAAUGGGGCAUCCUGUAAACCAUGCCACACAGCUAGACUUAACUGGACUUCAACAGGUUCAAUUGGGGGCCGUUUUCAAAUUAUGUAUACCAUAUAAUUGUAGUAAAUCUGAAGUUGGACAAAAUGUGAGAACUGUGAAAGGUUGUCCUUGCCAUGUAUAGAUUUCUUGCGGAUUGCUUUCGUGAGCAUGCCACUUUUUGUACAUGGUACUUUUUAAACUGCAGAUUGUUUUACGGCCUACUUUACUAGUAGCUGUAACUGGCUGCACCUAGCAUGUCUCUAGUCUCCACAGAGUUCUUACUGUAAGUGGCUGCACCUAGCAUGUCUCUAGUCUCCACAGAGUUCUUACUGUAAGUGGCUGCACCUAGCAUGUCUCUAGUCUCCACAGAGUUCUUACUGUAAGUGGCUGCACCUAGCAUGUCUCUAGUCUCCACAGAGUUCUUACUGUAAGUGGCUGCACCUAGCAUGUCUCUAGUCUCCACAGAGUUCUUACUGUAAGUGGCUGCACCUAGCAUGUCUCUAGUCUCCACAGAGUUCUUACUGUAAGUGGCUGCACCUAGCAUGUAUCUAGUCUCCACAGAGUUCUUACUGUAAGUGGCUGCACCUAGCAUGUCUCUAGUCUCCACAGAGUUCUUACUGUAAGUGGCUGCACCUAGCAUGUAUCUAGUCUCCACAGAGUUCUUACUGUAAGUGGCUGCACCUAGCAUGUCUCUAGUCUCCACAGAGUUCUUACUGUAAGUGGGGAGUCAUUUGUCUUCUCUUCCAUACUAACCUGAGAUCCUGUUGCUCCUUCACCCUCAGAGGCACAGGGCCCAGAUAUCACAAUGUGAAAACAGCACUGUUGUCAAAGGACACAGUAAAUAUACUUCUAGCUGCAUUUAUUUCCAACUCAAAGUGCUAUGUUGAGUGUUUGAAGUGAUGCAGUCUGUUUUGACAGCAGUCACACAAAGCAUUGGGUUUGUUGUCAACAGAUGGUUUCUGUUCCCUGGCUGAUUGCCUGACAGGAUGAUCUGUAUGGUAUGUGUAAUGGGUGUUUUACAAGCCUUUGUCUCCUUACCCUACAGGUCCUUCUCUGUAUCACAUACUCCUCCACCUUUGAGAUCAAUGGAGACUCCAUCCUGAGGAUAGCUGAGGUAAGCCUGAUGCAGGUAUCACUGACAUGCAAAGGGAGGCCAGGGAGCCAGAGAGGCCAGGGAGCUAGGGAGGACAGGGAGCCAGAGAGGACAGGGAGCCAGGGAGGACAGGGAGCCAGAGAGGACAGGGAGCCAGGGAGGACAGGGAGCCAGGGAGCCAGAGAGGACAGGGAGCCAGGGAGCCAGAGAGGACAGGGAGCCAGGGAGGACCGGGAGCCAGGGAGGACACACAGGACAGGGAGCCAGGGAGGACAGGGGGCCAGGGAGGACAGGGAGCCAGGGAGGACACACAAGACAGGGAGCCAGGGAGGACAGGCAGGCUGCCUGCCCCCUGACACUCCAGGCAAUCAAAUGCUCACAGUAAUUUGAAAGAAAACCAAUAUUGUUUGAACCCAGGUCUGGUCUGUGUCUGUUCAGCCUGGCUCCAGGAGUAGGGGGGUGUUGAUUAUGAUUAUGGCUGACUCUUGACAUAAUGUGCCCCACCUCAGCGGCAGCACCUCCUUGCUUCUGCCAUCCAUCACCAAGGUGAAUCUCUUUGUUGCUGCUAUGCAUCCAGUGUUUAUGGUAAUCACACUCAUAGUAAUCUAAUGUAUUAUUUAUGUAUGUAGAUCAAUCAGUCACUGACUUCUAAAGAAGCAUAUCAUUUGUAGAGUGGAGAGUGGAACUGCAUGGGGUUCUCGUCACAUUCAUCAAUAUGAAAGUACAGCUCUCCGUAUCUCCUCCUCACAGGCUGUCUGUAGAUCCUUGGUCUGUCUCUCUGGACAUGGGUUCCUGUGUUUCUCAGCUGUGCUCCUGGUUAUCCAUUAACAGCCCAUAAAUAUGUCUAAUGUUGUGUUUAAGUGGAUCUGAUCCCAUUAGGCCAGUCCAUCUGCUGUGUGCAGGCAGGAAAGGUCCAGCACCCCAUAACUCUGCUGUUGGACAGAGAGGGUGAGCUGUCAACAGCAGCUCAUAAAUAACUGGACCUAAUGCACCCCUGGAUCUAAUGUAUGCUCCUGCUUCGUCGAUCUGGCACCGGGAACAGAAGGUGUAAAAACAUGUUGUUUGGGGUUUUAAUUUGAAUGGAGAUUACCCUCUUUAUCCCUGCAUGGUAAGAUCCAUAUAACUUAUACCUCCCACUCUUUUCUAACAAAUUAGAAUGUCUAUAUUUUUACAGGUAAAAAUUCAAUUAUCAUGGUUAUUUUAUGAUUUAAUUCCAGUGAUAAAACGUGUAUGGCAGAAUUUCAUGAAUGUUGUGUUCAGUGGAUGGAUGCUAUUUCCUAUCCUGCUCUUGCUGCUGUGUCACAGAGAUAGUACAUGCUCCUGUCUCUCUUCCUCAUCCUUGGUACAGAGAGAGCCCUGCAGCCAGUGACCCAGAGUGUCAGUACAGACAGACUGACAGUCCCUAACUAAUUCCUCCCUGUAACCUUUCAAAACCAGCUCAAACAAGGUGCUCUUUCCUCAUUUAAUCUCGUUGGUCUGGUCGCCAUGGAAACCCCUAAUUCAAGGCCACUGACAUGACACCAUGUCUGAAGUGGUCUUUCCACUACGUCAGCACCAGGCAGGGGGAGAGAUGGAGAGUUGGGUCUUUAUUAUCAGAUCUACUGGUCUGGGAUCAGGUUACAGUAUUUGUCAUUCACAGUACUAACAGGUGCAUUUCUAGUGUCAAGACUCGUUGAGAUGUGACUUUGACUAUUACUAUACUUCAUGAUGCAGUACCCCAAAGAGAGAACCAUUUCAUUUCCCGAGUGGCGCAGUGGUCUAAGGCACUGCAACGCAGUGCUAGCUGUGCCACUAGAGAUCUUGGUUCGAAUCCAGGCUCUGUCGUAGCCGGCCGCGACCGGGAGACCCAUGGGGUGGCGCACAAUUGGCCCAGCGUCGUCCAGGGUAUGGGAGGGAAUGGCCAGCAGGGAUGUAGCUCAGUUGGUAGAGCAUGGUGUUUGCAACGCCAGGGUCGUGGGUUCGAUUCCCACGGGGCCAGUUUGAAAAAAAUAAAAAAAUAAUAAUGUAUGCACUCACUAACUGUAAGUCGCUCUGGAUAAGAGCGUCUGCUAAAUGACUAAAAUGUAUAUUUUGAGAUAACUAAAGAGUUGAUAUUUGGAAGCAGAUUUGAGGAACUGAAGUUGACUUCUGACCUUUGACCUUUGUACCUGGAGCCCUGCUGAACUGGUUUGGUCCUUUAAUUUAUACAGUCUUUGGUCUGGGCGGUCAUCUCAUAAUUGGACGGACCAAGCUAUUAAAAUCUACUUUUAGUCUUAGCUGAUUCAUACCAUGAAUCACUGCUCAGGAUGGAUUAUAAAUGGACCAGCAUGGCUCUUGGUUAACAGAACAGUAACGUUAAUAAUAGCAGUUGCCUUUCACAUUUUAAUCUGCAUGUUAAUUACCAGAGCGACUGGGAGUCUUAUUUUAGAUUGGAUCAGCAGAUAUGGCGUGAAAGAUGAGCCCGAACAGUGUGGAGAAGAGUUCUAUCUCACCUGCCUGAUAACCUCUCUGAAUAGUGACUCCUGCUUUCAUUAUACCAGUACUAAGGGGAGAGGGUUAAGAGAAUGUUCCGGUCAAGCUUCCUUGGCUGGGCCUUUUAUGUGUGCGUCAUCCACCAUAGAACCCAGAGCUUUCAGAGGCUGUCAUCCUCCAUAGAACCCAGAGACCAGCUUUCAGAGGCUGUCCUCCUCCGUAGAACCCAGAGUCCAGCUUUCAGAGGCUGUCCUCCUCUGUAGAACCCAGAGACCAGCUUUCAGACGCAGUCAUCCUCCGUAGAACCCAGAGACCAGCUUUCAGACGCUGUCAUCCUCCGUAGAACCCAGAGACCAGCUUUCAGAGACUGUCCUCCUCCGUAGAACCCAGAGACCAGCUUUCAGAGAAUGUCAUCCUCCGUAGAACCCAGAGACCAGCUUUCAGACGCUGUCCUCCUCCGUAGAACCCAGACUCCAGCUUUCAGAGGCUGUCCUCCUCCGUAGAACCCAGAGACCAGCUUUCAGACGCUGUCAUCCUCCGUAGAACCCAGAGACCAGCUUUCAGAGACUGUCCUCCUCCGUAGAAUCCAGAAACCAGCUUUCAGAGAAUGUCAUUUUCUGUAGAACCCAGAGACCAGUUUUCAGAGGCUGUCAUCCUCCAUAGAACCCGGAGACCAGCUAUCAAAGGCUGUCUUAAUUCAAUUAGCCACUGGGAUGUCAUCUAGAUUUAUACACUGAUUUAUAUAGAGUGGGAAGUAAUGAAAAGUGUAAGGUGAAGGUAAAGCAAUAAUGUCCUGCUGACUCUUCAGGGCUUGGCAUCACAUUUAUACUUUGGUUGAUGUAUCACACAUUGCUUAAAGAUGAUAUUUUCAUUCACUCCCGAUGUCAGACUUUCUUCAGUCCAGCCAGCUUUGCCUUGAAAGAGGCAUUUACCUUUGUGUAUAUACAUUGGUUGUUACAGUAAACCCCUGCUCUGUUGUAACGUGUGUGUGUGUGUGUCCUGUCCUGCUAUCCCCAGGUGUGUAUUGAGACAUACAAGUCCAGCUGUCACCAGCGCAGCAUCAACACGGCCGUGAGGGCCACCCUCAGCCAGAUCCUGGGAGACCUCGCUCUGCAGCUCGGACACAGACAGGUCAGCUACCCCAGGCACCUUUGACCUCUCACAUUAUCACCACUCAGACUAGAUCAGAAGCAAAUAAUAUGGGAUUGUCUGGGAGGGAGGGGCUUAAAUGAGAUAUUGUAAUCAACUCAUUAAAUGCAUCCAUAGAGUACAGACGUACUGUGUUGAAUACAUUUUGGUUGACUUGUGCUGCUGUGAUUACAAGAAUCAGCAACAAGAUCACAGUCUUUGAAUAUGUAGGGGAAUGCAUUGAAUGCACAGUCAUAGAUGAAGCGACAUACAGUGUCUGAAAGGCUAUAAUAUUGUGUUGUGUGUCUGCAGGGAGUGGAUGGCGAGGACGCACCAGUGCCCACACACCAGCGCAGAGGUACUUUAUAGCCCUGUUAUAUAGGAAAGGCCUUCACUACCGCCCUUCGCAUGCCAUGGGGAAUAUACCUCCACAUGGACUAUACUGUCCCUUUUAUGAGUCAAUGAGCACAGGGUGUUAGACAUCACACAUCUCUUACUGCAAGGCUGGGUGAUUCACACCUCCAGAGUCCACGUCCAACAGUGGGAGAGGAGAGACCAGUAGUAGGAAGUGAUGCAGUGUGUCUGCUGGUUUAACUGUUCUCUGUCAGACCUGGGUCAAAUACAUUUUGUCAAACACUUGAGCUGCGUUUGAUUUAGUUUGGGCUGGACAAUGCAACCAAAAGUUCAAACUCCACGCUUGGAAUCGCACCUCAAAUAAUUUUAAAUAUAUAAGGUAUGUUAUCAGUUGUAUUUAUUCCCCUGAGUGUGAUGUCUCGGUAAUGGUUGUUGGCCUGUAUGUUUUUAGAUGUGUCUCCCACGACACAGUCCCUGUGUGGGGACGUUGUGACAGUGCUAACGGUCUUCUGUGAGAAGCUGGAGGGGGUUGACCAGUAAGAAUGAUUCUUUAUUCAGAGUUAAUACUGUUUGUUUCUCUCUCAUCUAAAGAACUCAUCAUUUCUCCCACCUUGUCUUACACCAAUGUUAUAUAGAGAUUGUCCUUGGUAGGCUUUUAUUAAGGUGAGACACUGAGGCUGCAUCCCAAAUACCACCCCAUUCCAUACACAGUACACUGCUUUUGAUAAGAACCUAUAGGGAAUAGGGUGCCAUUUGGGAUGGCCUGAGACACUGACUAAUGGCCUGUUUGUUUGUACAGUGAGAACCAGCUGCUCCAGCUGCUCUACUUAGAGUGCAUCCUGUCCAUGCUCAGCAGCUGUCCUCCCACCAUGCACCUGAGUAGAGGCUUCACAGACCUGAUCUGGUAAGCCUGCCUAUGGCUGACAUACAGUCACACUUCCCUGUCUGAUCACCUGUCUCCUUAUUCCUUAUGUCCGCAGUUUAAACAUACAUUAUUGGUAACACUUUACUUGAGGGGUACCUACAUACGGUCUUCAUUUCACAUUCAUAAGCAGUACUUGAGCACUUCAUAAAGUGUUAGCUAUAUUAUCUGUCUACAUAAAACAUGUGACAUGUCUUGUCUUCUUCUCUCAGGAAGCAGCUGUGCCCGUCGUUGGUGGUGAUCAUGGGAAACCCUGUGAACGACAAGACUAUCACCUCGGCCCAAGGCCACAGAGGUGGGUGUCAGGAACUGGACCCCUCUCUGGGCGGGGUGUCUAACCAGGGCCGGGGGACCGGCUGCUCCUCCACCACCCCCGCCAUGAUCGGCCCGGUGGUGCGGACCAUCUGCUACGUGGCUGCUGAGCUGGUGCGCCUGGUGGGCUGUGUGGAGUCCAUGAAGCCUGUUCUGCAGUCGCUGUACCACCGCAUCCUGCUCUACCCCCCGCCACAGCACCGCGUGGAGGCCAUCAAGAUCAUGAAGGAGGUGGUCAGAGCCCCAGAAUCCUCACUGUUCACCAGUCACCUUAAAUCCCCUAACAUAAUGUUUAUAGAUCAACCAAUCAAUUAGCCUAGCGGUUAAGAGCUUUGGGCCAGUAAGCGAAAGGUCGCUGGUUCAAAUCCGCGAGCCGACUAGGUGAAAAAUCUGUUGAUGUGCCCUUCAGCAAGGCACUUAACCCUAAUUGCUCCUGUAAGUCGUUCUGGAUAAGAGCGUCUACUAAAUGACUAAAAUGUAAAUGAAUUAGACCGUGGAAUGUUGCUGCUUUAUCGGCAGUACCAGUUUUGCAGAGGGGAUGCAAUGAGCGAAAAUCAACUUGGGUGUCUUUGUUUGUUUGCGUUUUGUAGAUUCUGGGAAGUCCUCAGCGCUUGUUUGACCUGGCUGGUCCCUGUGUUAUAGAGCCUGAGUCUAGGAAAAGGUCCUUCUCCAAGAGGAAGUCUCACCUGGACCUGCUCAAACUGUGAGGACCCACAUUUUGUUAUUUGAUUUAGCACUAUAACCUUGUAAAAAAGAAUAUGCCUCUACCUGUCUGUAUAAGCCUGUAACCCAAAAUAAUAUGCCUCUACCUGUCUGUAUAAGCCUGUAACACAAAAUAAUAUGCCUCUACCUGUCUGUAUAAGCCUGUAACCCAAAAUAAUAUGCCUCUACCUGUCUGUAUAAGCCUGUAACCCAUACAUCAUGUGUUGUAUAGCACACUGUAUUACUUAUACAACUAAUAUAAGGACAGGACAUGAGACGGGAGUAGAAAUUAACGUGGGCAUUGUUUUAAUGCGUUUCACAGGAAGAACAUUCCAAGCAUUUCAAUGUAGGUAAGCAAGGGGGGGUUACAGGUGCCCUAAAGGGACAAAACUAGAAUAUCAAUACACAACAUAUCCCUCCCCCUUUACCUUUGAUGACUCGUAAGGAAAAAGUAAAUAUUCACUGUUUUGCCUAUUGUUUUCUUAAUGUAAAUAAAUGAACUUUUCAGAAUAACCUUUUCUAAACUAGGGAUAGAGGGUAGACUGCCUCAGUCCCCAGACUUAACCCUGGGGUGUAUUCUGCCCCAAUAUCGGAGAUUAGUCUGAACUAAAUAGUCAACCUGCCAGGGGGUCGUCUUUCUCUUGCAGGGUAAUGACGACGUACAGGUGAGUCUACAGUCACAUUAUCUCUGAGUCACAUUUGUAGGUUGCUGCAGUGGAUGUUCAGGUGAUAGCUCGUAGUCAUGGUAGGUCUCCAGUAGCUGAUCUUGGUUUGUCACUUGACAGGAGUCAUCUCUGAGGUUGGUUCCUGGCAACAGUUGAUCCAGAUGAUGUUUUCCGGUGUGUGAACUGUGUAGGACACAGGCCCUGUUUGUGCAACCACUGUGGCUGGUAUCCACUUUGGACCUUUGCAGUAGUUCCAAGCAAGAACUCUCUCUCCAGCUAUGAAGCUUCUGUCUUUUGCUUUGCUCCGUCUCUCCACCUGUGCUCUCUGUUGCAUCUGUACAACCUGUCUCAUCUUUGGAGAUCUCAGGAGGUCGAGUCGCGUGCGAAGCUGUCUUUUCAUCAUGGCUGACGCGGGUGCCACUUUGGUUGUAGCGUGGGGAGUGUUUCUGUAGGUUAACAGGAAGGUGUUUAGACGCCUAUUGAGGGAGCUGUUCCCUUGUGAUGAUUUUAAAGCUUGCUUCAUCGUUUGGACAAACCUUUCAGCGAGGCCGUUCAUUGCAGGGUGAUACGGCGCUGACUUGAUGUGCUGAAUUCCAUUUGCUUCCAUGAAUGACCGGAACUCUUCAGACACCAGUUGGGGGCCAUUAUCACUAACGAGUUGCGUUGGCAAGCCGAAGCAACUGAAAAUUGACCGUAGCUCUUCGAUGGUUCUCUCCGCUGAGGUGCUCUUCAUCACUGUGACCUCAGGCCAUUUGCUGUGUGCGUCAACUACGACUAAGAACAUACGAUCCUCCAUUGGGCCUGCAUAGUCUAUGUGGACUCGCUGCCAAGGCUCCUCUGGGAAGUCCCAUGGGUGUAGUGGCGCUAGCUGAGGCAUGUUCCUCAUCUUUUGACAUGCAGAACAUGACUUGACCUUGUCUUCGAUAGCUGCAUCCAGACCUGGCCACCAAAAGUAGCUGCGUGCAAUCUCCUUCAUUCGCACCUAUGCCACAGUGCCCUGAAUGGAGUUCUUCAAGCACCUACCUUCUCAGUGGCGGCGGUAUAAUGACUCGAAAACCCCAUAGCAAGCAUCCAAACUGAACUGUGAGCUCGUUUCUCCUCACUAGGUACAGUGAGGGAAAAAAAGUAUUUGAUCCCCUGCUGAUUUUGUACGUUUGCCCACUGACAAAGACAUGAUCAGUCUAUAAUUUUAAUGGGUUUAUUUGAACAGUGAGAGACAGAAUAACAACAACAAAAUCCAGAAAAACGCAUGUCAAAAAUGUUAUCAAUUGAUUUGCAUUUUAAUGAGGGAAAUAAGUAUUUGACCCCUCUGCAAAACAUGACUUAGUACUUGGUGGCAAAACCCUUGUUGGCAAUCACAGAGGUCAGACGUUUCUUGUAGUUGGCCACCAGGUUUGCACACAUCUCAGGAGGGAUUUUGUUCCAUUCCUCUUUGCAGAUCUUCUCCAAGUCAUUAAGGUUUCGAGACUGACGUUUGGCAACUCAAACCUUCAGCUCCCUCCACAGAUUUUCUAUGGGAUUAAGGUCUGGAGACUGGCUAGGCCACUCCAGGACCUUAAUGUGCUUCUUCUUGAGCCACUCCUUUGUUGCCUUGGCCGUGUGUUUUGGGUCAUUGUCAUGCUGGAAUACCCAUUUACGACCCGUUUUCAAUGCCCUGGCUGAGGGAAGGAGGUUCUCACCCAAGAUUUGACGGUACAUGGCCCCGUCCAUCGUCCCUUUGAUGCGGUGAAGUUGUCCUGUCCCCUUAGCAGAAAAACACCCCCAAAGCAUAAUGUUUCCACCUCCAUGUUUGACAGUGGGGAUGGUGUUCUUGGGGUCAUAGGCAGCAUUCCUCCUCCUCCAAACACGGCGAGUUGAGUUGAUGCCAAAUAGCUCGAUUUUGGUCUCAUCUGACCACAACACUUUCACCCAGUUCUCCUCUGAAUCAUUCAGAUGUUCAUUGGCAAACUUCAGACGGCCCUGUAUAUGUGCUUUCUUGAGCAGGGGGACCUUGCGGGCACUGCAGGAUUUCAGUCCUUCACGGCAUAGUGUGUUACCAAUUGUUUUCUUGGUGACUAUGGUCCCAGCUGCCUUGAGAUCAUUGACAAAAUCCUCCCGUGUAGUUCUGGGCUGAUUCCUCAUGAUCAUUGCAACUCCACGCGGUGAGAUCUUGCAUGGAGCCCCAGGCCGAGGGAGAUUGACAGUUAUUUUGUGUUUCUUCCAUUUGCGAAUAAUCGCACCAACUGUUGUCACCUUCUCACCAAGCUGCUUGGCGAUGGUCUUGUAGCCCAUUUCAGCCUUGUGUAGGUCUACAAUCUUGUCCCUGACAUCCUUGGAGAGCUCUUUGGUCUUGGCCAUGGUGGAGAGUUUGGAAUCUGAUUGAUUGAUUGCUUCUGUGGACAGGUGUCUUUUAUACAGGUAACAAACUGAGAUUAGGAGCACUCCCUUUAAGAGUGUGCUCCUAAUCUCAGCUCGUUACCUGUAUAAAAGACACCUGGGAGCCAGAAAUCUUUCUUAUUGAGAGGGGGUCAAAUACUUAUUUCCCUCAUUAAAAUGCAAAUCAAUUUAUAACAUUUAUGACAUGCGUUUUUCUGGAUUUCUUUGUUGUUAUUCUGUCUCUCACUGUUCAAAUAAACCUACCAUUAAAAUUAUAGACUGAUCAUUUCUUUGUCAGUGGGCAAACGUACAAAAUCAGCAGGGGAUCAAAUACUUUUUUCCCUCACUGUAAGGUUGUAGGCUGUCCGACAUCUCUCUUUCUUUUCCACGAGUGACAAUGUCCACGACCUCAGACAUCACUGGAUCAGUGUGGGUGAACUUUUUCACUUGGACAGAUGUAACUGGGGCGUUCGUCACUUCCUUGAAGUAGAAGAUUUCAGCCUGGGAGUGCUCAGUGUGUGCGACAGGUAAGGGAAGCCUUGAGAGGCCAUCUGCAUUGCAGUGCUGCUCAGACCUUCUGUACUUGAUAUCGUACUGGUGAGCAGAUAACAAUAACGCCCAUCGCUGCAUGCGGCUGGCUGCAAGCGAUGGAAUGCCGGUGUGGGGACCAAAGAUGGAGGUGAGGGAUCUAUGGUCCGUCAGCAGUGUGAAUCGUCGGCCAAACAGAAACUGAUGAAAUGUCUUAACUCCAAACACAAUGGCGAGUGCUUCACGCUCUAUCUGUGCAUAAUUGCUCUCGGCUUUACUUAAGGUCCGUGAUGCGAAAGCAAUUGGCCUUUCUUCACCUGAUGGCAUGAUGUGUGAGACAACCGCACCAACGCCAUAAGGCGAUGCAUCACAUGCCAACUGUAAUGGCAAGUUGGGGUUGAAGUGGGUUAGGGCCUCUAACUGAGCUAAGGCUGUUUUCACUUUCUUGAAGGCCUCCUCACAUCUGUCUGUCCACUUCCACUGUUUGUUUUGUUCAAGAGUUCAUGCAGUGGCUUUAACAUGUUAGCUAGGUUUGGCACAAACUUUGCGUAGUAUGUCAGUAGUCCUAAGAAUGAUCUCAGCUGACUCACGUUCUGUGGGGAUGGAGCUUCUGCAACGGCCUUCACCUUUGAUGGCGCCUUGUGGAGCCCCGAGCUGUCGAUGACGUGGCCUAGGUACUCAACAGAGGGCCGGAAAAACUUGCAUUUGUCCUUCCGGACCCUCAGACCGUCCUCCUCCAAUCUCUGUAGUGUAGCGUUCAGGUUUCUCAGGUGCUCCUGCUCGUUUUUGCCGGUGAUGAUCACCGAGGUAACAUUGGACCCCAGUGAGCCCGCUCAGUAUCUGGUCCAUAGCUCUCUGAAACAAGAGCUGAGGUGAUUCCAAAAGGAAGCAUCCGGUACCUGUACAGUCCUUUGUGAGUCACUAUGGUCAACAGUUCUUGUGACUCUUGGUCCACAUGCAUCUGUAGAUAGGCCUGACAUAAGUCUAUCUUACUGAAUGUUUGUCCUCCAGCUAAACCAGAAAAUAGGUCGUCAAUGAGGGGUAGUGGAUAUUUUUCAGCAGUCAAGACUGGGUUAAUGGUGACUUUGAAAUCACCACAGAGUCUGAGUGAUCCAUCUUUUUUUAUGACUGGAACAACGGGUGUAGCCCAUUCACUAACAUUCACUGGAUCCAAUACUCCACUCUCGACUAGUCUGUUUAGCUCAAUUUCUACUUUUGGUUUUAUGGCGUAUGGGACAGGUCUAGCUUUUAAGCAUUUUGGCUUGCUGUCUGGUUUCACGGUCAGUUUAACAGUUAUGUCCUUCAUACUGCCAAGUUCUCCUUUGAACACAUCCGCGUGUUUCCUCAAUAUCCCUUGUAGGUUUGUGUCCUCUUUUGCAACCAUGUGAAUUUCCUGCCAGUUUAGUUUGAUAUUUUACAUUUACAUUUACAUUUUAGUCAUUUAGCAGACGCUCUUAUCCAGAGCGACUUACAGGAGCAAUUAGGGUUAAGUGCCUUGCUCAAGGGCACAUUAACGUCAUUUAGCAGACGCUCUUAGCCAGAGCGACUCACAAAUUGGUCCGUUCACCGUAUAGCCAGUGGGAUAACCACUUUACAAUUGGGGGGGGGGGGUAGAAGGAUUCCUUUAUCCUAUCCCAGGUAUUCCUUAAAGAGGUGGGGUUUCAAAUGUCUCCGGAAGGUGGUGAGUGACUGUCACGUGAAUUUCUAUCUCUAAUUCACCCUAAGCUUGAAUCAUUACCAGAGGUUGUAAGGCUCUAGUUUUAAUCAUCAAUGAUUCAAGGUCCACAACUCACAAGUCUUAUCUGUAUUUUUAUCCAUGGUGAGAGCUCUGAGGCCAAAACACAAAUCUCCUUUCUUUAUACUUCUUGACAACAAAGACACUAUACUCCUCCCACCUUUCUUAAACAGUUCCCGCCUCCCCCCUUGAAUGGUUAGUAACGCCCCUUCUGUUAGUGGGUUGACACAUGAUAAUUCUAACAUUUAUACUGUGUUUGGGGUGUAAUUCUUUAGUCAUUAUUCUUAGUACACAAAUUCAUCUAUCAGUGACUCCGCUGUCCUGGCGUCGUGAGGGAGCUUGUUCCACCAUUGGGGUGCCAGAGCAGCGAACAGUUUUGACUGGGCUGAGCGGGAACUAUGCUUCCGCAGAGGAAGGGGAGCCAGCAGGCCAGAGGUGGAUGAGCGCAAUACUCUCGUUUGGGUGUAGGGACUGAUCAGAGCCUGAAGGUACAGAGGUGCCGUUCCCCUCACUGCUCCAUAGGCAAGCACCAUGGUCUUGUAGCGGAUGCGAGCUUCAACUGGAAGCCAGUGGAGUGUGCGGAGGAGGGGGGUGACGUGAGAGAACUUGGGAAGGUUGAACACCAGACGGGCUGCGGCAUUCUGGAUGAGUUGUAGGGGUUUAAUGGCACAGGCAGGGAGGCCAGCCAACAGCGAGUUGCAGUAGUCCAGACGGGAGAUGACAAGCGCCUGGACCAGGACCUGUGCCGCUUCCUGUGUAAGGCAGGGUCGUACUCUCCGAAUGUUGUAGAGCAUGAACCUGCAGGAGCGGGUCACCGCCUUGAUGUUGGCGGAGAACGACAGGGUGUUGUCCAGGGUCACGCCUAGGCUCUUUUUCAGCCAUGUGCGUCCUAGCAAUGCUGGAUGGUUGCCUUUCACAAUGUAGAGUGGUAACUUUACCUUCUGUUUGUUGAGCUCCACUGUAACAAUCACGCUUCCUCUCACUGGAACAAUCUCACCGGUGUAUGUUUUCAGCGUCGUCUUUGUGGGCUGUAGUGUGAGGUGAUGUAGUUUAUCCUUGUAUACAGCCUCAGACAGCAAAGAUAUGGCUGCUCCAGUGUCCACUUGCAUCCGUACUGCGUUUCCAUCCAGUAGCGGUGUCACCCAGUACCCGUAUCCAUUGUCUGAAAUUGACAUAACAUGCAAAGAUUCUUCCCCUUCAGACAGGGUAUCACUUUGUUCAUCCUCUGUGUGCUCCAUUUUAUGCACUUUCUUUUUGUACUUCCUGAAGUCCCUUUUCCUUUGUUCAGUACUUUUGUUUGAUUGUGUCUUUUUGUUUUUACAUGCAAGUUCGAUGUGACCCUUUUUACCACAACUUCUGCAGUCUUUGCACCAACACUCCUCUGCUUGGUGACCUGGUUUCCCACAGCGAUAGCAUGGCUUCCCACCUCCUGCCUUGGUUUUUAACUCCAUAGACACCUUAUGCACUUUGGUCGAUGCACUUAGCUGUUGUGCGUCUUUAUUUGCCAUUUCCAUUGACGUACUCACUUCUAUUGCUCUCUGCAAUGUUAAGUUACUCUCAGUCAAAAGGCAUUUCUGAAUUGCCUCGCUGUGCAUGCCACACACUAACCUAUCACGUAUAGUGUCACUCAUUGAUCGCCCAAAUUCACAGUGUUCAGAUAACUGUUUCAAUACAGCCACAAACUGUGAGAUUGAUUCCCCCUCCUCUUGAUUUCUCUCAUGAAACCGGAAUCUCUCUGCGAUUAUCAGUGGUUAUGGAGAAUAAUGUCCUUUUAAGGUAGCCACAAUUUCAUCAUAUGAUUUAUCACCAGGUUUUUCAGGCGUUACUAGGCUGCGCAGUAGAUUGAAUGAAUGUUUUUCCUCCCAUAACAGUCAAAAAUGUUGGCACAACGACUUCAGCUUUAUUUCCAUUUGUCAACACAAAGUACUCAUAACGUUCUGUGUAAGAACUCCAUUGUUCCACAGAUUCAUCAAAUGUUCCUAUAUUUCCAAUCAAUGCAGACAUUUUCGGUUUAUUUUUCUUUCUUUUAACUCACGAUGACUUCACUUUCUCCCGCAGCGAAACUCUUCCUAUCCCUCAAGGCUCUUGUUGCCGUGACAUCAAAGGCUAGCUAGCAUCACUCAACUGGCUAGCUCCACGUUAUGUUUGCAUCUUUCUACAGCGAGAAAAAUAAAUAAAUAACGAAUUUAACUCAGACUUUCUGCCGAAGACGAAGAGCACAAACGUGAGAACAUUUCUUCCUCGUCGCCAGUUUUGUUGUAUAGCACACUGUAUUACUUAUACAACUAAUAUAAGGACAGGACAUGAGACGGGAGUAGAAAUUAACGUGGGUAUUGUUUUAAUGCGUUUCACAGGUAGAACAUUCCAAGCAUUUCAACGUAGGUAAGCAAGGGGGUGUUACAGGUGCCCUAAAGGGACAAAACUAGAAUAUCAAUACACAACAUCAUGGACUAGUGAGAAGGAAGUAGUACUGUUGUAAACUGAUACGUAGUGUUAAUGGUGUGCCUGUGUGUGUCUAUGUGUGUGUACCUACAGGGUGAUGGACGGCAUGACCGAGGCCUGUAUGAAGGGGGGCAUCGAGGCCUGCUACUCCUCAGUAUCGUGUGCCUGUGCCCUCCUGGGAGCUCUGGACGAGCUGAGUCAUGGGCGUGGCCUACAGUCAGAACAGGCCCGCGUGCUCCUGUGCCGAUUGGACGAGCUGAAAGAGGGGGCAGAAUCCACGCGGGAGUCCAUGGAGAUCAAUGAGGCGGACUUCCGCUGGCAGCGCCACGUCCUCUCGUCUGCGCACGCUCCCUGGGAGCCCUCUGCCACCACCAUCACAGAGCACAGCCCCGACAUCAGCAUCAGCGUCACCAUGGAUACGGCCCAGACCACUCUGGAUGGGGAGCUGGGACAGACCACUUCAGAGGGGGAGGAGUGUGGGGAAGAACCCCGACUCCCUUCGCCUUCCUCUGGUGGGCCGGACGCUGACCCCUACCCUGAGCUCCGUCCCUGUGUGAGGGAGCCGGGGACGGAGCCCGGAGGACCCCCAGAUGUGGUGCAGCGCAGCCACGCCCUUGUUUACCCUGACAUCACCAACUUCCUGUCCGUGGAUGCCCGUGCGCAUUCCCACGGCUCGCGCUACAGUGAGUGCAACUUUAGCGUGGACGAGGGGGAGAUGUCACGCACUGAGUUUGAUUCCUGCGACCAGUACUCCAUGGCAGCGGAGAAGGACUCGGGUCGCUCAGACGUGUCAGACAUGGGCUCUGAUAACUGCUCCCUGGCCGAUGAGGAGCAGACACCCAGGGACUGUCCCGGCCACCGCUCCCUGAGGACGGCAGCCCUGUCCCUGAAGCUACUGAAGAACCAGGAGGCUGACCAGCAGAGCGCCCGGCUCUUUGUCCAGUCUCUGGCCGGCCUGCUGCCUCGCCUGCUGGGGAUGCACAGCACAACAGACGUGGACACUUCUCUGCAGAACUUCUCCUCUACAUUCUGCUCCGGCCUACAGGCGGGUAAGAGAUACAGAGAGGAGCUGAAGGGAGAUAGCAUGAGAUAAUGAAGAGAGGACGUGAGAUGACAUCAGAUGUCAUUGAAACGUCCAUUGAAGCAAUGAUAGUAUCUUAUUCUGCGAAGACAUCCUCUAAUAUUUCUAGGUCCCACUGUUUGAUGGAGACACUAGGGGAUAAUAUUGACCUGGUUGCAUCCUUAUGUUCUCUCCCAGGUGGCAUCCACUCUCCAGGCUAUGAAGGCAGUGAGAACCUGAACUGUCAGGCCCUGAUGAACGCUGACGGCCUUUACCUGGUCUCCUACUACGCCUUGCUCCUCAACCUCAAACUCUGCUGCCAGGACUUCUACCGCAGGAGGCCCAUGCCUGUGCUGGUCAGUCUGGUGAGUGGAGGAGGUGGAGUCAAUGUCUUAGUGCACUAAAGCUGAUAUUCCUGUGUAUGUCAGAGAGGUUUGUGAACCCUGAAGUGAUCAGCUGAACACCAUGUAGUACAUGCUCUGUAGCCAGUUCUUUUGUUUACGUGCUUGAUAUAUUUUGAAGUGAUCCCACCAGGCUUCAUGGUUUCCCCAUUGAAUUGUCUCAUCUGCUGCAGAAAGAAUUUGUUGGUCUCAUCCAGAGCAGUGGGGUGCUAGUGGUGCUGUCUCAGGCCUGGAUCGAGGAGCUCUACCUCAAGGUGCUGGACAGGAACCUGCUGGGGGAGGCUGGCUACUGGGGCUCACCAGAGGAACAGUCCUUACCCCUCAUCACCAUGCUCACUGGUAGGAGGGGACACAGCUCUCCCACACUGCUUUAUUCAUGAGGUUUCUUUAUAUGUCAACAUAAAGAUAUAAAAUUAACAUAAUGCACAUUUGAGUCUUUAAAAUGUUCUGCUAUGUUUUUCUGACAACUCUCAUCACUUUGUGUCCUCUCUCUCUGUCUGUCUGUCUGUCUCUCUCUCUCUCUCUCUUUCGCUCUCUCGGUCUCACUCUUGCUCUCUCUGUCUCUCUCUCUCUCUCGCUCUGUCUCUCUCUCUGUCUCUCUCUGUCUUUCUCUCUGUCUGUCUCUCUCUGUCUCUGGUCAGAUAUCGAUGGGCUGGGCAGUAGUGCCAUCAGAGGUCAGCUGAUCCGUAAGGCCAACACACAGUCCCCUUUCAGCUGUGACAAGAGUGGCAGUGACACCCUCAUGGCAGGUACUGACACCACCAGGUACUUACACCACCAGGUACAGACACCCCCAGGUACUGACACCUCCAGCUGUACUUUCUGAGUCGCUUCACCAAGACAGUAUUUGCUAUAUUUUGUUUAGAUAUUUAGGAAUAUUGUAUUGUGUAUUCUGUUUAGGAUUUUUGGGGGGGGCAUUUUGCUUUAUUCAGACAGAUUAGAAACAGUGGGGCAAACAGAUUAGGAGGAGACAAAGUGGGAAGGGUGGAGAAGGGGACUGAACCCUGGUCUAUCCCGUGGCAUACAUGAGCCUAGAUGCUGUACUCUCUACAUGGAGAGAGAAAUAUGUUGUUCUCCUUGCAUCUCUCACAGGGGAGAGAAUGGAGAGCUGCCAGCGUCUGCCUACAUCUUUUAUUAUCACUGGGAACAAAAGGCGCACCGUCAAGCACUCGCGCCACUUUGUUACCACAGCAACCGCUGCUGUGUUGCUAAUUAGGCAUUACAGCUUCCAUGUAAUUAGCUAGCUAUGUACACAUAAUCAAUAGGGACAACUAUAUUAACAUGGAACGGAGAGAAAAGGGAUUGUUGUCAGUUCUAAUAUUUACUUCCCUGUAUGAGAGGUUAUUGUCACACAGAGUGCCUUUAUAGCUCUUAAAUCUCUCAAGGUCUCUCUAACUGGACUGCAGUUUACUGCCUGUCUGUUUACUGCCUGUCUGUUUACUGCCUGCCUGUUUACUGUCUAAGUUUACUGCCUGUCUGUUUACUGCCUGUCUGUUUACUGCCUGCCUGUUUACUGCCUGCCUGUUUACUGCCUCUGAGCAAAUAAUUCUACAGCACAUUACAGAACUGCUGGGUCAAUACACAGAUAGAUAUAGUGUAGGUUCUGACUUAUCUCCCAUUAGUGCCUUUUCAGGCAAGGGGUCUUUGUCAAUAGACGUGGAUGUACUGUAUCCUGUUUUAAAGGUCUGAUUCAACCCCAUUGUGCUGUAGCAUAGGUAUUGGUCAAUACAAAGAUGAGGGUCUGACUCGCAGGUUGGCAUUUAUUGUCAUGAAUCUUGCCCUGGAGGCAGCUCUGCAGACUGGCACAGCCACAAAGUCAUAAAACUGAUUUUUAAUCUAACCCUAACUUUAAUCUUAAACUAAACCACACUGCUAACCCUAAUGCCUAACCCAAACUGUAAAAGACCAAAAAGCAAAUGUUUGUUUUCAUGAAUUUCUACGAUGUAGCCAUUCAUACUGUUUCAUGAUCAAUAGUCUACUGUACACAGCUGAAUGUACUGUAUGCUGUAUUUAAAGCUAGAACAGCAUUUGCUACAUCCAUUUGUGGACUUAAAUUAAAGAUAUACACUGAGUAUACAAAACAUGCUCUUUCCAUGACAUAGACUGACCAGGUGAAAGCUAUGAUCCCUUAUUGAUGUCACUUGUUAAAUCCACUUCAAUCAGUGUAGAUGAAGGGGAGGAGACAGGUUAAAUAAGUAUUUUUAAGCCUUGAGACAAUUGAGACAUGGAUUGUGUAUGUGUGCCAUUCAGAGGGUGAAUGGGCAAGACAAAAUAUUUAAGUGCCUUUGAAUGGGGUAUGGUAGUAGGUACCAGGCGCACCAGUUUGUGUCAUGAACUGCAACUCUGCUGGGUUUUUCACGAUCAACAGAUUCCCAUGUGUAUCAAGAAUGGUCCACUACCCAAAGGACAUCCAGCCAACUUGACACAACUGUGGGAAGUAUUGGAGUCAAUAUGGGCCAGCAUCUCUGUGGAACGCUUUCGACACCUUGUAGAGUCCAUGCCCCUAUGAAUUGAGGCUGUUCUGAGAGAAAAAGGAAGGGGGUGCAACUCAAUAUUAGGAAGGUGUCCCUAAUGUUUGGUAUACUCAGUGUAUACCCAUUGAUUCUUGAAGAAUAUAACUUCUAAAUGCCUCGUGAGCUUAGUUUAACUGUCCUCCCCAUCAGAACCCAAAAUAGAAGCUUGUUUUACUCCAAUGUUUGUAAACAAUGUAAAUGGAAACAAACACUGUAUAGCCUCAAAACAUGGUUCAAUCUAUAAUGUUGGUAUCAUGGAUGGUCAGUCCUUGCAUCCAUAACUCUGUAUAUGAAGUGGUUACAUUUCUCCAGACCCAUCCCUCAGCUUUUUACCAAAACAGAGGUGGGGUGCCACUUUGUUAUUGUUUCAACUGCGGAUUCUAGCUUCAAGGGUCUGACUCAUCCCCCAUUGAUCCUGUUUCAUACAUAGGGGCAGUGUCGUGGAAUAUUCUAAUCAAGUGAGAGAGACUGUCAUUUCUUCAACAAUCAUCUUUAUUCAAUAUCGAUUUCAUUAUUGCAAAAAUGAGACUUGUCGACCCAACACACUUGACUGUUGGGCCGAGAGCCUAACCUUUACAGAAAAUGCUGGUUCUUAUAUAGCUGACACUAAAAAUGCUUAGUCAUGGCUGGUUCCACCCCUCCCAUGCAGAUCGGGUGCCAUCAUAAGCCACCUUGGGUUCAUCCUAUGGUUAUCUGCACCUGGUGUUGUUUCAACCCCCAGCCCAAAUACAAGGAUGAACAGAAACAAUAAGGGUUUUGUUCUACUCCUCCAGGUUAUCUCUAUCUCGGUUACACCCACCACAGCUUGUCUAUGGAAUGCAUGCUGUAGAUCAAUUGUCAGUGCAAGCUACCUCUAGUGACCAUCCGCCCAGAUUAGCUGCAGGGAGCCAGAGUGGAGACCAUAAAAACACAGCAUUACUAUUUGUUAAGUAUUAAUAUCAAACAAAUCAGGUAAAUACGUAAUUUUUAUCUCACAGUUGAUACAUGGUUCAAUGUACAGAUAGGGGUCUGACUCAACCUUCAUUGAUAUUAUUUCAGGCAGAGUGUUUGCCCGCUACAUUCUGAUGGGCUGCUGGAAGAACCUGAUGGACACCCUGUCCACCCCUCUGACGGGGCGCAUGGCGGGCAGCGCCAAGGGCCUGGCCUUCAUGCUGGGGUCUGAGGGGCUGAAGGAGCAGAGCCAGAGGGAGAGAGAUGCCAUCUGUCUCAGCCUGGAUGGACUACGCAAGGCAGCCGGGCUCAGCUGUGCACUAGGUAACAGGACCCAACACCAUGGUGACUGGAGAUAAUGCCUGCCUGACUGACUAUAAUCCUUAAACAGGAAGGGUGUAGUAAACCCAUUAGCUAGCGUGUUUACAUCAGAGGCAGGCUGGGUCAAAGUAUUUGAAAGAAAACAAAAACGAUUUGAUUACAGGUCUGGUUUAGAGAUGUUUCCAGAAAGACGUUUUAAGAUAAUCGAAUUCCUGAAUACUUAAUAGGCCUAUUUGUGUAGCUAUUGAAAAUAGAUACUGUAUGAUACUGUAUGAAUUAAGACCAUAAAUUGUUGUGAUUCUCUGUUUGACUGUAGAUGCUGCUAUUGGCCAGGCACUCUGUGACAGGUGGCAUAGUCCCUCCCAGCCCAGCUUGUCUUAUUUACCAUUAUAUCUAAUGAAUAUUCAUGCCUUCUCUAGGUGUGGCUGCCAAUUGUGCCUCGGCUCUGGCCCAGAUGGCAGCAGCCUCGUGUGUGCAGGAGGAGAAGGAGGAGAGGGGGGUGGGCGAGUCUGGAGAUGCCAUCACACAAGGUACUUACAGCCCCCCACAUAACAUACUGUGCUGUACACAGGGAUUCAAUUGACUGUUUCAAACUAAGACACCCACUGUACUAUAAAUCUACUGUAGACACAAAAAAUUACUUUGGAUUUGUCAUUACUGCACAAGACAGGAUACAGGAUAAAGAAUCUCUCUAUUUCAGAAAAGAUCCCAUUGUCAUAUGGUCACAUUUUGUUUUUGGAGCGGUGCUGUCUGGAGUGCUGGGAUCUGUUCUGAUCCUGUGUGUGUUCCCAGUCAAGCAGUGCGUGGAGCAGAAGCUGGAGCAGAUGGGACGUCCUCAGGGGGUGCGGCUGCACACGGCCCACGUGCUCUGCAUGGAGGCCAUCUUCAACGUGGGCCUGGAGAUGGGCAGCCACAACCAGGACUGCUGGCCCCACGUCUUCAGGUAACACAGCCAAGCUGUGGCAGGGCAGGCGAUGCAGAGACAUAGAAGAAGAAACCCUCUCCAUAACAAUUCAGAAAAGGCUGAGACAGGCAUUCAUGACAGCGUAUUACAUUGGAUUCAUUCAUGACAGCGUAUUACAUUGGAUUCAUUAAUGAUGGCAUAUUACAUUGGAUUCAUUCAUGACAGCAUAUUACAUUGGAUUCAUUCAUGACAGCAUAUUACAUUGGAUUCAUUCAUAACAGUGUAUUAUACUUGAUUCAUUCAUGACAUUGUAUUACACUUGAUUCAUUCAUGACAGUGUAUUGCAUUGAAUUAAUUCAUGACAUUGUAUUACACUUGAUUAAUUCAUGACAGUGUAUGACAUUAGAUUAUUCGUGACAGUGUAUGACAUUGGAUUCAUUCAUGACGGUGUAUUACAUUGGAUUCAUUCAUGACAGCGUAUUACAUUGGAUUCAUUCAUGAUGGCGUAUUACAUUGGAUUCAUUCAUGACGGCAUAUUACAUUGGAUUAAUUCAUGACAGCGUAUUACAUUGGAUUAAUUCAUGACAACGUAUUACAUUGGAUUAAUUCAUGACAAUGUAUUACAUUGGAUUCAUUCAUGACAGCGUAUUACAUUGGAUUCAUUCAUGACAGCGUAUUACAUUGGAUUCAUUCAUGACAGCAUAUUACAUUGGAUUCAUUCAUGACAGUGUAUUACACUUGAUUCAUUCAUGACAGUGUAUUACACUUGAUUCAUUCAUGACAGUGUAUUACACUUGAUUCAUUCAUGACAGUGUAUGACAUUAGAUUCAUUCAUGACAAUGUAUGACAUUGGAUUCAUUCAUGACAUUGUAUUACAUUGGAUUCAUUCAUGACGGCGUAUUACAUUGGAUUCAAUCAUGAUGGCAUAUUACAUUGGAUUCAUUCAUGACGGCGUAUUACAUUGGAUUCAUUCAUGACAGCAUAUUACAUUGGAUUCAUUCAUGACAGCGUAUUACAUUGGAUUCAUUCAUGACAGUGUAUUACAUUGGAUUCAUUCAUGACAGUGUAUUACAUUGGAUUCAUUCAUGACAGUGUAUUACAUUGGAUUCUUGGUACAGUUGCAGCCACAGGUUACUAACACUAAUCUCUGUAACGACAGAACAAUACAGUAGCGUACCUGUCUCUGUCUAUCCAGGGUGAGUGAAUAUGUCAGCUCUCUGGAGCACAGCCAUUUCAGCGAUGGCAGCUCCCAGGCCACCAUGACCAUCACCCAGGCCCAGCAGGCCUUAGACCUGGGGCUGGAUUUGUGCGGCGAGCCCAGUCCGGAUAGAGAGCUUGCCCUGAGCAGCCAGCCGGUCAUCCAGCCCCAGUCCCUACAGGAGCUGCUGAGGGAGGGCAGCUGGGGGAAAGGCCUGGACCGUAGCCUGAUGACGGGGACCAUUGCAUCCAAGGCCGUCUGCACUCUAUCUACACAGGCAGACAGGUACCGCAUUAUAGGCUACAGGACUCUAAUGUUUUGUCCACUGUGUCUGAAUCACAUACUCAGUUUCAUAUUGUCCUUUGUCUUUCUGUUUCAUUGACUUCCAUGUCUGAAUAUAAAACAAUGUAGUUGCUGUUGACUGAAUGUUACUAGGCUGCAACACAAAUGUUGUAAUUUAAGUCAGGAACAAAACAGCCGGCCAUGUAAAGAAAGUGGCCACCAGGUGACAGUGUGGAUCAAGCGCAGCUAAAAAACUUGAAAGUAUUGGACUGUAUUUGACACAGGCCAGUACGGCUAUGUUUACACAGGCAGGCCAAUUAUUAUAUUUUUCCACUAAUUGGUCUUUUGACCAAUCACAUAAGAUCUUUUCACUUCAGCUCUUUUUAGAGCUGAUCUAAUUGGUCAAAAGAUCAGAAUUGGUCUGCCUGUGUAAAUGCAGCUUAUGAUUUGCUAUUGAUUGUACAAAGAGUCACAUGGUCAUGCAGCAUGUUCUCUUCUGGACAUAGGCCAUGAUGGAUGAGCUAUAGCCUGCAGUGUUUACAGAACUACAGUACCAGUCAAAAGUUUGGACACACCUACUCAUUCAAGGGUUCUUCUUUCUUUUUACUAUUUUCUACAUUGUAGAAUAAUAGUGAAGACAUCAAAACUAUGAAAUAACACAUAUAGAAUCAUGUAGUAACCAAAAAAGUGUUAAACAAAUCAAAAUAUAUUUUAGAUUCUUCAAAGUAGCCACCCUUUGCCUUGAUGACAGCUUUGCACACUCUUGGCAUUCUCUCAACCAGCUUCACCUGGAAUGCUUUUCCAACAGUCUUGAAGGAGUUCCCACAUAUGCUGAGCACUUGUUGGCUGCUUUUCCUUUACUCUGCGGUCCAAUUCAUCCCAAACCAUCUCAAUUGGGUUGAGUUCGGGUGAUUGUGGAGGCCAAGUCAUCUGAUGCAGCACUCCAUCACUCUCCUUCUUGGUCAAAUAACCCUUACACAGCCUGGAGGUGUGUUUUGGGUCAUUGUCUUGUUGAAAAUCAAAUGAUAGUCACUCUAAGCGCAAACCAGAUGGGCUGGCGUAUCGCUGCAGAAUGCUGUGGUAGCCAUGCUGGUUAAGUGUGCCUUGAAUUCUAAAUAAAUCCCAGACAGUGUAACGAGCAAAGCACCCCCACACCAUCACACGUCCUCCUCCAUGCUUCACGGUGGGAACCACACAUGCGGAGAUCAUCCUCUCACAAAGACACGGCGGUUGGAACCAAAAAUCUCAAUUUGGACUCAUCAGACCAAAGGACAGAUUUCCCCGGUCUAAUGUCCAUUGCUCGUGUUUCUUGGCCCAAGCAAGUCUUCUUAUUAUUGGUGUCCUUUAGUAGUGGUUUCUUUGCAGCAAUUCAACCAUGAAGGCCUGAUUCACGCAGUCUCCUCUGACCAGCUGAUGUUGAGAUGUGUCUGUUACUUCAACUCUCAUUUAUUUGGCCUGCAAUCUGAGGUGCAGUUAAUUGCCGAUUUCUGAGGCUGGUAACUCUAAUGAACUUAUCCUCUGCAGCAGAGGUAACUCUGGGUCUUCCUUUCCUGUGGCGGUCCUCAUGAGAGCCAGUUUCAUCAUAGCACUUGAUGGUUUUUGCAAUUGCAUUUGAAGAAACAUUCAAAGUUCUUGAAAUAUUCCGGAUUGACUGACCUUCAUGUCUUAAAGUAAUGAUGGACUGUCGUUUCUCUUUGCUUAUUUGAGCUGUUCUUGCCAUAAUAUGGACUUGGUCUUUUACCAAAUAGGGAUAUCUUCUGUGUACCAACCUUACCUUGUCACAACACAACUAAUUGGCUCAUAUGCAUUAAGAAGGAUAUAAAUUCCACAAAUUAACAAGGCACACCUGUUAAUUUAAAUGAAUUCCAGGUGACUACCUCAUGAAUGGUUGAGAGAAUGCCAAGAGUGUGCAAAGCUGUCAUCAAGGCAAAGGGUGGCUACUUUGAAGAAUCUAAAAUCUAAAAUAUAUUUUGAUUUGUUUAACACUUUUUUGGUUACUACAUGAUUCCAUAUGUGUUAUUUCAUAGUUUUGAUGUCUUCACUAUUAUUCUACAAUGUAGAAAAUAGUACAAAUAAAGAAAGACCCUGAAAUGAUAGUCCCACAGAUUUCCAAUGGGCUUGUGGGGAUUCCAUUGUAGAAUUGUGGUCCUACAUAGAAUUGUUCCAUUCUACAUUGUAGAAUUGUGGUCCUCUGUAGCUCAGCUGGUAGAGCACGGCGCUUGUAACGCCAAGGUAGUGGGUUCGAUCCCCGGGACCACCCAUACACAAAAAUGUAUGCACGCAUGACUGUAAGUCGCUUUGGAUAAAAGCGUCUGCUAAAUGGCAUAUUAUAUUAUAUUAUUUUAUUAUUAUUCCUUUCUGCUGUUUUAAGAAUACAUUGACAAUCAUUUGCUCUUCACUGUGUGUCCUUUUUUGCAGGUUGUUUGAGGACUCCGUCUGUAAGCUUAACCUGGUUGGCCUGGUGGGUUUCCUGCACCAGCUGAGGAAGGCAUCUCAGUCCCAGCUCUUUGACUCAGUCACUGAGACAGGAGACUAUUCCUUAGCCAUGCCAGGUACCAAACACAGCACACUGUCAUUCCCAACAGACCUGGGUCAAAACCCUGAUUCAAAUUAGCCCAGUACAAUGGAACAGUCCCAAAAGUGCUAACUCAAAAGUUAGACACAGGUCUGAUCCACAAUGUUCAUGGAAAAAUAGCCUUUUACAGGAGCAAAUGAACCAUCAUGUUGCCUUUGUCCUUGUAGGAGAGGCCAAGUCCACCAUGGACAGGCGUAGCGCCCUGCACCUGUUCCGCCUAGGGGAGGCCAUGCUGCGGAUCGUGAGGAAUAAGACCAGACCCCUGCUGCACAUGAUGAGGGCCUGGAGCGUAGUGGCACCACACCUGGUGGAGGUAGGAACAACACACAGGUAGGAGCCCCACACCUGAUGGAUGUAGGAGCACCACACCUGGUGGAUGUAGGAGCAACACACAGGUAGGAGCACCACACCUGGUGGAGGUAGGAGCACCACCACACCUGGUGGAGGUAGGACCGCCACCACACCUGGUGGAGGUAGGAGCACCGCACAGGUAGGAGCACCACACCUGGUGGAGGUAGGAGCACCACCACACCUGGCGGAGGUAGGAGCACCGCACAGGUAGGAGCACCACACCUGGCGGAGGUAGGCGCACCACCACACCUGGCGGAGGUAGGAGCACCACCACACCUGGCGGAGGUAGGAGCACCACCACACCUGGCGGAGGUAGGAGCACCACCACACCUGGCGGAGGUAGGAGCACCACCACACCUGGCGGAGGUAGGCGCACCACCACACCUGGCGGAGGUAGGAGCGCUACACCAGGCGGAGGUAGGAGCACCAUACCUGGUGGAGGUAGGAGCACCACACAGGUAGGAGCACCACCACACCUGGUGGAGGAAGGAGCACCACCACACCUGGUGGAGGUAGGAGCACAACCAGACCUGGGUGAGGUAGGAGUACCACCACACAGGUAGGAGCACCACACCUGGUGGAGGUAGGAGGUGCACCACACCUGGUGGAGGUAGGAGCUCAGGGAAUGCGUCUCAACUGUGUGGCCUCCUUUGCUUAUGUCCUCUCCUCCACGAUCACUGAUCUGGCGUGGCCUAACAGGUUCACCCUUUCUGCAGUUUAAAUUAGGCAUAUAUUGUUCUCAUUUCUGUUUCUCUCUGUCUCCUCUGAGGCUGCCUGCCACAAAGAGCGCCAUGUAUCCCAGAAGGCUGUGUCCUUCAUCCAUGACGUUCUGAUGGAGGUGCUGACCAGCUGGGCAGAGCUUCCUCACUUCCACUUUAACGAGGCGCUCUUCAGACCCUUCGAACACAUCAUGCAGCUGGAGCUGUGUGACGAGGACGUACAGGACCAGGUUAGUUGUCUCUCACACACAUAAGGUCUCCUUAACGCCCUCUUAUAAUUAGUUGACCCGGUAGUUAAGAACCUGCUGUUUGUCUGUCAGGUGGUCACAUCCAUAGGGGAGCUGGUAGAGAUGUGUUCCCCUCAGAUCCAGUCUGGCUGGAGACCCUUAUUCAGUGCCCUGAGGACCGUGCAUGGGACAGACAUGAAAGACUACCUGAUAGGAGAAUACUCCAUGGGUAUGUAUGUCUGACAGGCAGCCUAGUCUUAGAGUUUAUUACAUCUCAAUGUUUCUGUGUAUUAUUGUAUUCCCUAAUGUACUGCACAGGUAACAUAUUUCUGUUGUUGUCACGCCCUGGCUCUGGGGACGCUGUUAUGUUGAGCCAGGGUGUGUAUUCUAUGUUUGUAUUUCUAUGUUGGCCUGAGUGACUCCCAAUCAGAGGCAACGAGUGUCUGCUGGUUGUCUCUGAUUGGGAGCCAUAUUUACUGUCUGUCUUUAACUUUGUGUUUGUGGUUUCUUGUUCGUGUUGGUUUGUGUUUAAACCAUAGACGUCACGUUUUUUCGUUUGUUGUUUUGAUCGUGUGAUCAUUAAAUAAAUAUAAUAUGUUCACCUUCAACGCUGCGCAUUGGUCUCUCCCUGACGAUCGUGACAGAAGAAACCACCAAAACUGGACCAAGCAGCGUGUCCAGGAGCCAUUGCCUGGGGAAUCGCUUGCAGAUCUCCGUGGCAACCUCGACUGGGUCCAACCUUGUAAAGAGCAGAGUGGAUGGACUUGGGAACAGUGGAGGAAGAGUUUCGACUGGGUCAAGCCUAAUGAAGAGCAGAAUGGCUGGAGUUGGAGACAGAGGAGCGAGAGUUGGGCGAGAACGAUAGAGGCCUGGCCCACGGGGAGGAGAGACCCCCAGAAAUGUUUUAGGGGGGGGCUCACGACGUCGGGGCAGCAGGAGGCCGCGAUAGAGCGGUCCAGCGGGUUGGCAGAGGAGGCCGCCAGGUUACGGGGGCCACUGGUCGAAGAGGGGAUGGAAGGUGGAGAGGCACGGCGAGAGGUACUGGGGUGUGUUACCAGUCCGGUCCGGCCCGUUCCAGAUCCCGGUGUAGGGCCAGUGGUGUGUGUCCCCAGUACGGUCCGGUCUGUUCCUGCUCCCCGCACCAAGUCUGUGGUGCGUUUCGUCAGCCCUGUCCGGCCCGUUCCUGCUCUCCGCACCAGGUCUGUGGUGCGCGUCGCCAGCCCGGUCCGGCCCGUUCCUGCUCCCCGCACCAAGUCUGUGGUGCGUUUCGUCAGCCCUGUCCGGCCCGUUCCUGCUCCCCGCACCAAGUCUGUGGUGCGUCUCGUCAGCCCGGCUCGGCCCGUUCCUGCUCCCCGCUCCAAGUCAGUGGUGCGCUUCGUCAGCCCGGCUCGGCCCAUUCCUGCUCCCCGCACCAAGUCUGUGGUGCGUUUUGUCAGCCCGGCUCGGCCCAUUCCUGCUCCCCGCACCAAGUCUGUGGUGCGUUUCGUCAGCCCUGUCCGGCCCGUUCCUGCUCUCCGCGCCGAGUCUGUGGUGCGCGUCGCCAGCCCGGUCCGGCCCGUUCCUGCUCCCCGCACCAAGUCUGUGGUGCGUUUCGUCAGCCCUGUCCGGCCCGCUCCUGCACCCCACACCAAGCCAGUGGUGUGCGUCGUCAGUCCAGCACGGCCCGUGCCUGUUCCCCACACCAAGCCAGUGGUGUGCGUCGUCGGUCCGGCACGGCCCGUGCCUGUUCCACUGGUGCCUGGUCCGGCACCGGUCAGAUGCGUUACGCCGGAGCUAAAGCAAUCCGCUCCAUCAGUGUGCAGUCCAGCUCCGGCCAGCGGGGCCAGACCGGACCAGGGGUACUUUGGGGGGUUGGAGAGGGAGUGGGGAUCAGGCCCGGAGCCGGAUCCGCCGCCAAGGCGGAGUGCCCACCCGGUCCCUCCCCUGUGGUAUUUAGUUGGCGCGGUCGGAGUCCGCGCCUUUGGGGGGGGGGUACUGUCACGCCCUGGCUCUGGGGACGCUGUUAUGUUGAGCCAGGGUGUGUAUUCUAUGUUUGUAUUUCUAUGUUGGCCUGAGUGACUCCCAAUCAGAGGCAACGAGUGUCUGCUGGUUGUCUCUGAUUGGGAGCCAUAUUUACUGUCUGUCUUUCACUUUGUGUUUGUGGUUUCUUGUUCGUGUUGGUUUGUGUUUAAACCAUAGACGUCACGUUUUUUCGUUUGUUGUUUUGAUCGUGUGAUCAUUAAAUAAAUAUAAUAUGUUCACCUUCAACGCUGCGCAUUGGUCUCUCCCUGACGAUCGUGACAGUUGUAUUAUUGUAUUACCUAAUGUACUGCACAGGUAACAUAUUUCUGUUGUAUUAUUGUAUUCCCUAAUGUACUGCACAGGUAACAUAUUUAUGUUGUAUUAUUGUAUUACCUAAUGUACUGCACAGGUAACAUAUUUAUGUUGUAUUAUUGUAUUACCUAAUGUACUGCACAGGUAACAUAUUUAUGUUGUAUUAUUGUAUUCCCUAAUGUACUGCACAGGUAACAUAUUUAUGUUGUAUUAUUGUAUUACCUAAUGUACUGCACAGGUAACAUAUUUCUGUUGUAUUAUUGUAUUACCUAAUGUACUGCACAGGUAACCUAUUUCUGUUGUAUUAUUGUAUUCCCUAAUGUACUGCACAGGUAACAUAUUUCUGUUGUAUUAUUGUAUUCCCUAAUGUACUGCACAGGUAACAUAUUUCUGUUGUUGUCACGCCCUGGCUCUGGGGACGCUGUUAUGUUGAGCCAGGGUGUGUAUUCUAUGUUUGUAUUUCUAUGUUGGCCUGAGUGACUCCCAAUCAGAGGCAACGAGUGUCUGCUGGUUGUCUCUGAUUGGGAGCCAUAUUUACUGUCUGUCUUUCACUUUGUGUUUGUGGUUUCUUGUUCGUGUUGGUUUGUGUUUAAACCAUAGACGUCACGUUUUUUCGUUUGUUGUUUUGAUCGUGUGAUCAUUAAAUAAAUAUAAUAUGUUCACCUUCAACGCUGCGCAUUGGUCUCUCCCUGACGAUCGUGACAGAAGAAACCACCAAAACUGGACCAAGCAGCGUGUCCAGGAGCCAUUGCCUGGGGAAUCGCUUGCAGAUCUCCGUGGCAACCUCGACUGGGUCCAGCCUUGUAAAGAGCAGAGUGGAUGGACUUGGGAACAGUGGAGGAAGAGUUUCGACUGGGUCAAGCCUAAUGAAGAGCAGAAUGGCUGGAGUUGGAGACAGAGGAGCGAGAGUUGGGCGAGAACGAUAGAGGCCUGGCCCACGGGGAGGAGAGACCCCCAGAAAUGUUUUAGGGGGGGGCUCACGACGUCGGGGCAGCAGGAGGCCGCGAUAGAGCGGUCCAGCGGGUUGGCAGAGGAGGCCGCCAGGUUACGGGGGCCACUGGUCGAAGAGGGGAUGGAAGGUGGAGAGGCACGGCGAGAGGUACUGGGGUGUGUUACCAGUCCGGUCCGGCCCGUUCCAGAUCCCGGUGUAGGGCCAGUGGUGUGUGUCCCCAGUACGGUCCGGUCUGUUCCUGCUCCCCGCACCAAGUCUGUGGUGCGUUUCGUCAGCCCUGUCCGGCCCGUUCCUGCUCUCCGCACCAGGUCUGUGGUGCGCGUCGCCAGCCCGGUCCGGCCCGUUCCUGCUCCCCGCACCAAGUCUGUGGUGCGUUUCGUCAGCCCUGUCCGGCCCGUUCCUGCUCCCCGCACCAAGUCUGUGGUGCGUCUCGUCAGCCCGGCUCGGCCCGUUCCUGCUCCCCGCUCCAAGUCAGUGGUGCGCUUCGUCAGCCCGGCUCGGCCCAUUCCUGCUCCCCGCACCAAGUCUGUGGUGCGUUUCGUCAGCCCGGCUCGGCCCAUUCCUGCUCCCCGCACCAAGUCUGUGGUGCGUUUCGUCAGCCCUGUCCGGCCCGUUCCUGCUCUCCGCGCCGAGUCUGUGGUGCGCGUCGCCAGCCCGGUCCGGCCCGUUCCUGCUCCCCGCACCAAGUCUGUGGUGCGUUUCGUCAGCCCUGUCCGGCCCGCUCCUGCACCCCACACCAAGCCAGUGGUGUGCGUCGUCAGUCCAGCACGGCCCGUGCCUGUUCCCCACACCAAGCCAGUGGUGUGCGUCGUCGGUCCGGCACGGCCCGUGCCUGUUCCACUGGUGCCUGGUCCGGCACCGGUCAGAUGCGUUACGCCGGAGCUAGAGCAAUCCGCUCCAUCAGUGUGCAGUCCAGCUCCGGCCAGCGGGGCCAGACCGGACCAGGGGUACUUUGGGGGGUUGGAGAGGGAGUGGGGAUCAGGCCCGGAGCCGGAUCCGCCGCCAAGGCGGAGUGCCCACCCGGUCCCUCCCCUGUGGUAUUUAGUUGGCGCGGUCGGAGUCCGCGCCUUUGGGGGGGGGGGUACUGUCACGCCCUGGCUCUGGGGACGCUGUUAUGUUGAGCCAGGGUGUGUAUUCUAUGUUUGUAUUUCUAUGUUGGCCUGAGUGACUCCCAAUCAGAGGCAACGAGUGUCUGCUGGUUGUCUCUGAUUGGGAGCCAUAUUUACUGUCUGUCUUUCACUUUGUGUUUGUGGUUUCUUGUUCGUGUUGGUUUGUGUUUAAACCAUAGACGUCACGUUUUUUCGUUUGUUGUUUUGAUCGUGUGAUCAUUAAAUAAAUAUAAUAUGUUCACCUUCAACGCUGCGCAUUGGUCUCUCCCUGACGAUCGUGACAGUUGUAUUAUUGUAUUACCUAAUGUACUGCACAGGUAACAUAUUUCUGUUGUAUUAUUGUAUUCCCUAAUGUACUGCACAGGUAACAUAUUUCUGUUGUAUUAUUGUAUUACCUAAUGUACUGCACAGGUAACAUAUUUAUGUUGUAUUAUUGUAUUACCUAAUGUACUGCACAGGUAACAUAUUUCUGUUGUAUUAUUGUAUUCCCUAAUGUACUGCACAGGUAACAUAUUUAUGUUGUAUUAUUGUAUUACCUAAUGUACUGCACAGGUAACAUAUUUAUGUUGUAUUAUUGUAUUACCUAAUGUACUGCACAGGUAACAUAUUUCUGUUGUAUUAUUGUAUUACCUAAUGUACUGCACAGGUAACCUAUUUCUGUUGUAUUAUUGUAUUCCCUAAUGUACUGCACAGGUAACAUAUUUCUGUUGUAUUAUUGUAUUCCCUAAUGUACUGCACAGGUAACAUAUUUCUGUUGUUGUCACGCCCUGGCUCUGGGGACGCUGUUAUGUUGAGCCAGGGUGUGUAUUCUAUGUUUGUAUUUCUAUGUUGGCCUGAGUGACUCCCAAUCAGAGGCAACGAGUGUCUGCUGGUUGUCUCUGAUUGGGAGCCAUAUUUACUGUCUGUCUUUCACUUUGUGUUUGUGGUUUCUUGUUCGUGUUGGUUUGUGUUUAAACCAUAGACGUCACGUUUUUUCGUUUGUUGUUUUGAUCGUGUGAUCAUUAAAUAAAUAUAAUAUGUUCACCUUCAACGCUGCGCAUUGGUCUCUCCCUGACGAUCGUGACAGAAGAAACCACCAAAACUGGACCAAGCAGCGUGUCCAGGAGCCAUUGCCUGGGGAAUCGCUUGCAGAUCUCCGUGGCAACCUCGACUGGGUCCAGCCUUGUAAAGAGCAGAGUGGAUGGACUUGGGAACAGUGGAGGAAGAGUUUCGACUGGGUCAAGCCUAAUGAAGAGCAGAAUGGCUGGAGUUGGAGACAGAGGAGCGAGAGUUGGGCGAGAACGAUAGAGGCCUGGCCCACGGGGAGGAGAGACCCCCAGAAAUGUUUUAGGGGGGGGCUCACGACGUCGGGGCAGCAGGAGGCCGCGAUAGAGCGGUCCAGCGGGUUGGCAGAGGAGGCCGCCAGGUUACGGGGGCCACUGGUCGAAGAGGGGAUGGAAGGUGGAGAGGCACGGCGAGAGGUACUGGGGUGUGUUACCAGUCCGGUCCGGCCCGUUCCAGAUCCCGGUGUAGGGCCAGUGGUGUGUGUCCCCAGUACGGUCCGGUCUGUUCCUGCUCCCCGCACCAAGUCUGUGGUGCGUUUCGUCAGCCCUGUCCGGCCCGUUCCUGCUCUCCGCACCAGGUCUGUGGUGCGCGUCGCCAGCCCGGUCCGGCCCGUUCCUGCUCCCCGCACCAAGUCUGUGGUGCGUUUCGUCAGCCCUGUCCGGCCCGUUCCUGCUCCCCGCACCAAGUCUGUGGUGCGUCUCGUCAGCCCGGCUCGGCCCGUUCCUGCUCCCCGCUCCAAGUCAGUGGUGCGCUUCGUCAGCCCGGCUCGGCCCAUUCCUGCUCCCCGCACCAAGUCUGUGGUGCGUUUCGUCAGCCCGGCUCGGCCCAUUCCUGCUCCCCGCACCAAGUCUGUGGUGCGUUUCGUCAGCCCUGUCCGGCCUGUUCCUGCUCUCCGCGCCGAGUCUGUGGUGCGUGUCGCCAGCCCGGUCCGGCCCGUUCCUGCUCCCCGCACCAAGUCUGUGGUGCGUUUCGUCAGCCCUGUCCGGCCCGCUCCUGCACCCCACACCAAGCCAGUGGUGUGCGUCGUCAGUCCAGCACGGCCCGUGCCUGUUCCCCACACCAAGCCAGUGGUGUGCGUCGUCGGUCCGGCACGGCCCGUGCCUGUUCCACUGGUGCCUGGUCCGGCACCGGUCAGAUGCGUUACGCCGGAGCUAGAGCAAUCCGCUCCAUCAGUGUGCAGUCCAGCUCCGGCCAGCGGGGCCAGACCGGACCAGGGGUACUUUGGGGGGUUGGAGAGGGAGUGGGGAUCAGGCCCGGAGCCGGAUCCGCCGCCAAGGCGGAGUGCCCACCCGGUCCCUCCCCUGUGGUAUUUAGUUGGCGCGGUCGGAGUCCGCGCCUUUGGGGGGGGGUACUGUCACGCCCUGGCUCUGGGGACGCUGUUAUGUUGAGCCAGGGUGUGUAUUCUAUGUUUGUAUUUCUAUGUUGGCCUGAGUGACUCCCAAUCAGAGGCAACGAGUGUCUGCUGGUUGUCUCUGAUUGGGAGCCAUAUUUACUGUCUGUCUUUCACUUUGUGUUUGUGGUUUCUUGUUCGUGUUGGUUUGUGUUUAAACCAUAGACGUCACGUUUUUUCGUUUGUUGUUUUGAUCGUGUGAUCAUUAAAUAAAUAUAAUAUGUUCACCUUCAACGCUGCGCAUUGGUCUCUCCCUGACGAUCGUUACAGUUGUAUUAUUGUAUUACCUAAUGUACUGCACAGGUAACAUAUUUCUGUUGUAUUAUUGUAUUCCCUAAUGUACUGCACAGGUAACAUAUUUCUGUUGUAUUAUUGUAUUACCUAAUGUACUGCACAGGUAACAUAUUUAUGUUGUAUUAUUGUAUUACCUAAUGUACUGCACAGGUAACAUAUUUAUGUUGUAUUAUUGUAUUCCCUAAUGUACUGCACAGGUAACAUAUUUAUGUUGUAUUAUUGUAUUACCUAAUGUACUGCACAGGUAACAUAUUUAUGUUGUAUUAUUGUAUUACCUAAUGUACUGCACAGGUAACAUAUUUCUGUUGUAUUAUUGUAUUACCUAAUGUACUGCACAGGUAACAUAUUUCUGUUGUAUUAUUGUAUUCCCUAAUGUACUGCACAGGUAACAUAUUUCUGUUGUAUUAUUGUAUUCCCUAAUGUACUGCACAGGUAACAUAUUUCUGUUGUAUUAUUGUAUUCCCUAAUGUACUGCACAGGUAACAUAUUUCUGUUGUAUUAUUGUAUUACCUAAUGUACUGCACAGGUAACAUAUUUCUGUUGUAUUAUUGUAUUACCUAAUGUACUGCACAGGUAACAUAUUUCUGUUGUAUUAUUGUAUUCCCUAAUGUACUGCACAGGUAACAUAUUUAUGUUGUAUUAUUGUAUUACCUAAUGUACUGCACAGGUAACAUAUUUCUGUUGUAUUAUUGUAUUACCUAAUGUACUGCACAUGUAACAUAUUUCUGUUGUAUUAUUGUAUUACCUAAUGUACUGCACAGGUAACAUAUUUCUGUUGUAUUAUUGUAUUACCUAAUGUACUGCACAGGUAACAUAUUUCUGUUGUAUUAUUGUAUUCCCUAAUGUACUGCACAGGUAACAUAUGUCUGUUGUAUUAUUGUAUUACCUAAUGUACUGCACAGGUAACAUAUUUCUGUUGUAUUAUUGUAUUACCUAAUGUACUGCACAGGUAACAUAUUUCUGUUGUAUUAUUGUAUUCCCUAAUGUACUGCACAGGUAACAUAUUUCUGUUGUAUUAUUGUAUUCCCUAAUGUACUGCACAGGUAACAUAUUUCUGUUGUAUUAUUGUAUUCCCUAAUGUACUGCACAGGUAACAUAUUUCUGUUGUAUUAUUGUAUUCCCUAAUGUACUGCACAGCUGGUCUCAGCAGCAGGAGAUCUGUUGGAGCCUUGUCCCCUCUCUCUAAGGAGAUUUCUGUGUCUUUGAGGUUGUUUUCUGCUCCGUCUAAUGCAGGGAAGUCUCAGGCACCCGUGUUUGAUGUCUUUGAAGCAUUUAUCAACACCGACAACAUUCAGGUCUUCGCCAACGCAGCAACUGACUACAUCAUGUGCCUUAUCAAGUUUGUCAAAGGUUUAGGUAAGUCAGGUAAAUAAGAUGAUUACAUGAUUUUUCUCUGUGGGUGUGUAAUACUAUUGUUAUGAUCAUCACAUUUGUAGACGGAGACAUUGAAUGUUCAUGUUAUUUGUAAGAUAUAAUGGAAAUGAUUACUGCCAUCAAACACCGGUGCCUUGUUCCCAGGAGAAGUGGACUAUAAGGAGAUUGGGGACUGUGUCAAUGCCACUGGCUACAGUUCUACAGAACUGUGCCUCCCUGCUCUGGACUACCUAAGGAAGUGCUCCCAGGUAGGAAAACCUGGCCCAUGGGCCACCUUAGCUAUUUCCAAUGGGUGUCACACUAAAAUGAGUCCUCUUAUCAGACGGGCUUCCAGAAAGUCUAUUAAAAUUGAUAAAUAAAGGGUCACAACCCUUCUACAGGAAGACUUCUCCCAUCUACUUAUGAUGAUCCUGUAGCUCAGUUGGUAGAGCAUGGCGCUUCCAACGCCAGGGUUGUGGGUUCGAUUCCCACAGGGGGCCAGUAUGAAAAAUGUAUGCACUCACUAAAAACUGUAAGUCGCUCUGGAUAAGAGCGUCUGCUAAAUGACUAAAAUGUUAAUGUAAUGAUGUUUUCUGCUGCAGCUGCUUGCCAAAAUCUACAAGAUGCCUUCUAAGCCAGUGUUCCUGGGAGCCCGGCUGGCCAGCCUGCCCAUGAGGGCCCAGGAGAGGUCUGUCAGCAGUGAGGAUGGCAUGGACUGUGUCCUGGCUGAGUUUGACGAUGACACAGGCCUGAUCCAGGUGUGGAUCCUGCUGCUGGAGCAGCUGACUGCAGCGGUAUCUAACUGCCCCCGGCAGCACCAGCCACCCACCCUGGAACUGCUGUUUGAACUUCUCAGACAGCUCACCAACUUACCAGGUGAGAAGAGAUACCAUGACACCACAGGACAGGCCCAAUUCAACACUAUCCACUGAAGUUUGGUUUUACAUGGUAUGGGUGAUUAUCUUCUAAAAGUCACAUAAUCAAGAUUAACGUAGCCUACAUGAAAACCAACCGUCAGUUCUUUUUUUCACCUCCAUAGGACCGGGCUUUGCCAUAUUCUCCGUGAUCCAGCUUCUUCUUCCUGUAAUGUCACUCUGGCUGCAGCGUAGCCAUGGUGACCAUGCGUACUGGGACAUAGCCGCAGCCAACUUCAAGCACGCCAUUGGGCUGUGCUGUGAGCUGGUGGUGGAGCACAUUCAAAGCUUCAUCCACUCAGGUACAGUGGCCUUGGAAAGACAAUGGAAAUGACCCGAGUGGUGGUCGAGCAUAGUGUACACAGCUAGCAGAGAUGGAAGUGUACACAGCUAGCAGAGAUGGAAGUGUACACAGCUAGCAGAGAUGGAAGUGUGCACAGCUAGCAGCAUAGAAGGAAGUGUACACAGCUAGCAGCAUAGAAGAUAGUGUACACAAAGCUAGCAGCAUAGAAGGAAGUGUGCACAGCUAGCAGCAGAGAUGGAAGUGUGCACAGCUAGCAGCAGAGAUGGAAGUGUGCACAGCUAGCAGCAGAGAUGGAAGUGUGCACAGCUAGCAGCAGAGAUGGAAGUGUGCACAGCUAGCAGCAGAGAUGGAAGUGUGCACAGCUAGCAGCAGAGAUGGAAGUGUGCACAGCUAGCAGCAGAGAUGGAAGUGUACACAGCUAGCAGCAGAGACGGAAGUGUACACAGCUAGCAGCAGAGACGGAAGUGUACAAAAAGCUAGCAGCAGAGACGGAAGUGUACACAAAGCUAGCAGCAGAGACGGAAGUGUACACAAAGCUAGCAGCAGAGACGGAAGUGUACACAAAGCUAGCAGCAGAGACGGAAGUGUACACAGCUGUCAGCAGAGACGGAAGUGUACACAGCUGUCAGCAGAGACGGAAGUGUACACAGCUAGCAGCAGAGACGGAAGUGUACACAGCUGUCAGCAGAGACGGAAGUGUACACAGCUAGCAGCAGAGACGGAAGUGUACACAGCUAGCAGCAGAGACGGAAGUGUACACAGCUGUCAGCAGAGACGGAAGUGUACACAGCUGUCAGCAGAGACGGAAGUGUACACAGCUAGCAGCAGAGACGGAAGUGUACACAGCUAGCAGCAGAGACGGAAGUGUACACAGCUAGCAGCAGAGACGGAAGUGUACACAGCUAGCAGCAGAGAUGGAAGUGUGCACAGCUAGCAGCAGAGCUGGAAGUGUACACAGCUAGCAGCAGAGAUGGAAGUGUACACAGCUAGCAGCAGAGAUGGAAGUGUGCACAGCUAGAGAUGGAAGUGUGCACAGCUAGCAGCAGAGCUGGAAGUGUACACAGCUAGCAGCAGAGAUGGACGUGUACACAGCUAUCAGCAGAGAUGGAAGUGUGCACAGCUAUCAGCAGAGAUGGAAGUGUGCACAGCUAUCAGCAGAGAUGGAAGUGUGCACAGCUAUCAGCAGAAAUGGAAGUGUGCACAGCUAGCAGCAGAGAUGGAAGUGUACACAAAGCUAUCAGCAGAGAUGGAAGUGUACACAGCUAUCAGCAGAAAUGGAAGUGUGCACAGCUAGCAGCAGAGAUGGAAGUGUACACAGCUAUCAGCAGAAAUGGAAGUGUACACAGCUAUCAGCAGAAAUGGAAGUGUGCACAAAGCUAGCAGCAGAAAUGGAAGUGUGCACAAAGCUAGCAGCAGAGACGGAAGUGUACACAGCUAGCAGCAGAGACAGAAGUGUACACAGCUAGCAGCAGAGACGGAAGUGUACACAGCUAGCAGCAGAGACGGAAGUGUACACAGCUAGCAGCAGAGACGGAAGUGUACACAAAGCUAGCAGCAGAGAUGGAAGUGUACACAGCUAGCAGCAGAGACGGAAGUGUACACAAAGCUAGCAGCAGAGACGGAAGUGUACACAGCUAUCAGCAGAAAUGGAAGUGUGCACAAAGCUAGCAGCAGAAAUGGAAGUGUGCACAAAGCUAGCAGCAGAGACGGAAGUGUACACAGCUAGCAGCAGAGACGGAAGUGUACACAGCUAGCAGCAGAGACGGAAGUGUACACAGCUAGCAGCAGAGACGGAAGUGUACACAGCUAGCAGCAGAGACGGAAGUGUACACAGCUAGCAGCAGAGACGGAAGUGUACACAGCUAGCAGCAGAGACGGAAGUGUACACAACUAGCAGCAGAGAUGGAAGUGUACAGAUGGAAGUGUACACAGCUAGCAGCAGAGAUGGAAGUGUACACAGCUAGCAGCAGAGAUGGAAGUUAACUUGGACAUUUAGACAGACAAAAUAGGUGUUUGUGAAACAGAUGUUCCCAGGGUCUCAGAGUAGGAUUGCUGUUUUAGGAUCAGUUUUAGGAUCAGUUUUGCCUUUUAGAUCACUUUUAAAAUAUAUUACAUGGGCAGGGAAAACCUGAUCCUGACUCAUAUUAUGAGAUGCUUGAUAAAUCCCCCACUGGGCACAGACGUCAGUUGAACAUCUAGUUUUUAUUUACAUUUGUGACUCAACACCUGGAUUUGGUCUUAUGUAGCAAAAUUUGAAAUUGUGUUUUUUACAUUGGAUAAAAGUAGAGACUCAGAGCUAGAAAAUGGUAUAUCAUACACUGCAUUUGAGGAACAAUGGGAAAGUAAUUCUGCAUUGAAAGUUGAUAAACUUGUAAACUCACUUUUGAGAAAAUGGCAUUUGAAUGUUUUGGUAUCUAGUGAAGAGCUCUUCUUUGUCUACCCACAUUCAGCAUCAUUCACAUCCUCUUAAGCUUUAGCCUCACCCAUCUCGUUUAGCUCCCGGAGCUUUCAGAACGCACACUUGACGCUCUGGCCAAUGAUUUGUUUACCUCCGGAUAACAUGAAAACAGCCUAACCAGCUCUGCUGGCAACAAUUUUAUUAAGCUUUUUUGCUGAUGUUUACUGACACCGGCCAUAUUCAACGGGUGUUGUACACUUUAGCUUAAGACAUGUAGCUAGCUAGCUAAACAAUUAACCUAGCUAGGUAAACAACGUGUAAGAUCACAUACGUCACGUAACGUUAGAUAACGAGCCAGCCAGCUAACGUUAGCUAGUUAAACAACAAUGAACAUGGUGUCAAAUCAUGUCGUUACUACCCUGCAUGAAUCUGCUGGGAGCUAACCAAACAGGUUCAAUGUUAGCUAGCUAACAUUAGGUUCUAACUAGAAAAGCAAACAGCUCUGGGAUACGAAUAAUAACGUCAUUCACGUAAAGUUAGCUAGUGAGCCAGCCAGCUAACGUUAGCUAGUUAGCUAAUAGUACACUUUAUCUUGAAAUGAAACACUUUCUGUCAAAAUUAGAAACGUGUAAUAUCUGAAAAUGUAGCUAGCUAGACGAUCUUACCCGUACAUCAUCAUGCAUGAUGGAUGCGUCUCCCUGUCACUGAUGCCAUGCCACGGUUGCCCUUCCUUAGUUUGAAGAUGUAAUCCGGAGACAGGUGUUUUCGCCAUCUCUUUAGCUAUCAUACUCUAAUUCCACUGAUUUCAAAACUCGAUCCUCCAGAAAGUGGUAAGCAACACUUACAGUGAGGGAAAAAAGUAUUUGAUCCCCUGCUGAUUUUGUACGUUUGCCCACUGACAAAGACAUGAUCAAUCUAUAAUUUUAAUGGUAGGUUUAUUUGAACAGUGAGAGACAGAAUAACAACAACAAAAUCCAGAAAAACGCAUGUCAAAAAUGUUAGAAAUUGAUUUGCAUUUUAAUGAGGGAAAUAAGUAUUUGACCCCUCUGCAAAACAUGACUUAGUACUUGGUGGCAAAACCCUUGUUGGAAAUCACAGAGGUCAGACGUUUCUUGUAGUUGGCCACCAGGUUUGCACACAUCUCAGGAGGGAUUUUGUCCCACUCCUAUUUGCAGAUCUUCUCCAAGUCAUUAAGGUUUCGAGGCUGACGUUUGGCAACUCGAACCUUCAGCUACCUCCACAGAUUGUCUAUGGGAUUAAGGUCUGGAGACUGGCUAGGCCACUCCAGGACCUUAAUGUGCUUCUUCUUGAGUCAUUCCUUUGUUGCUUUGGCCGUGUGUUUUGGGUCAUUGUCAUGCUGGAAUACCCAUCCACGACCCAUUUUCAAUGCCCUGGCUGAGGGAAGGAGGUUCUCACCCAAGAUUUGACGGUACAUGGCCCCGUCCAUCGUCCCUUUGAUGCGGUGAAGUUGUCCUGUCCCCUUAGCAGAAAAACACCCCCAAAGCAUAAUGUUUCCACCUCCAUGUUUGACGGUGGGGAUGGUAUUCUUGGAGUCAUAGGCAGCAUUCCUCCUCCUCCAAACACAGCGUGUUGAGUUGAUGCCAAAGAGCUCAAUUUUGGUCUCAUCUGACCACAACACUUUCACCCAGUUCUCCUCUGAAUCAUUCAGAUGUUAAUUGGCAAACUUCAGAUGGCCCUAUAUAUGUGCUUUCUUGAGCAGGGGGACCUUGCGGGCGCUGCAGGAUUUCAGUCCUUCACAGCGUAGUGUGUUACCAAUUGUUUUCUUGGUGACUAUGGUCCCAGCUGCCUUGAGGUCAUUGACAAGAUCCUCCCGUGUAGUUCUGGGCUGAUUCCUCACCGUUCUCAUGAUCAUUGCAACUCCACGAGGUGAGAUCUUGCAUGGAGCCCCAGGCUGAGGGAGAUUGACAGUUAUUUUGUGUUUCUUCCAUUUGCGAAUAAUCGCACCAACUGUUGUCACCUUCUCACCAAGCUGCUUGGCGAUGGUCUCACUGUAAUGUCUGCACCUGUUGUAUUCGGCGCAUGUGACCAAUAAAAUUUGAUUUGAUUUUAUUUGAUUUCUAGCCCAUUCCAGCCUUGUGUAGGUCUACAAUCUUGUCCCUGACAUCCUUGGAAAUCUCUAUGGUCUUGGCCAUGGUGGAGAGUUUGGAAUCUGAUUGAUUGAUUGCUUCUGUGGACAGGUGUCUUUUAUACAGGUAACAAACUGAGAUUAGGAGCACUCCCUUUAAGAGUGUGCUCCUAAUCUCAGCUCGUUACCUGUAUAAAAGAGACCUGGGAGCCAGAAAUCUUUCUGAUUGAGAGGGGGUCAAAUAUUUAUUUCCCUCAUUAAAAUGCAAAUCAAUUUAUAACAAUUUUUACAUGCGUCUUUCUGGAUUUUUUUGUUGUUAUUCUGUCUCUCACUGUUCAAAUAAACCUACCAUUAAAAUUAUAGACUGAUCAUUUCUUUGUCAGUGGGCAAACGUACAAAAUCAGCAGGGGAUCAAAUACUUUUUUCCCUCACUGUAUGCAGCUCCACUACACAAUAUUUUUUUUUUUUUUAAGCCGCGUUUGACAGGAUUACCAACACAGACUGACAGAAGACUUUUAUAUGGCAGACCAAUCUGAACUCCUCUUUUGGCAUGUCCAGUCCACUCAUUAUCUCAGCCAAUCAUGGCUAGUGGGAAGGUUGCUGUCUUUUUCUGUGGCUUAACCAACAAGGCUCGUAAUUUAACAAUUCUAUUCGUAUUUACAGAUGGCAUACAAGUGUGUUAUUAAGGCACAUGAAAGUUUACAUGUUCCAGAAGGCAUUUCUGCCAAAAAACACAUUUUGAUAAAUUAAUUAAAAAACGUUUAAAUGGCUCUCUAUCGAAGUCGUGACUUGCGACAUACGCCUAGUUUCCUGAAACUGGUCACAUUUGGUUGAGUUGUCAACUAAUGUGAAUACAAUGUGAAAUCAAAAAUAUUCACCGUAACAUUGGAUUUAGGUUAAAAGUUGGGUGAAAAAAUGAAAUUCCCUUACACACACACAAUCCAAAUCAGUUUACCACGUUGAUUCAAUAUCACAUUUAAUUUUGUUGUUGAAAUGACAUGGAAACAACGUUGAUUCAACCAGUUUUUGACAAGUGGGACGGCCCCAGAUCCUGGUUGUGCCUCUGUCCAUAUCCUUCAUAUCUCUGUGCUCCUGUAGAUAUUGGCUAUGAGAAUCUGAUCAACCUGAUGCUGAAGGACCUCUUCAAGCUGCUGGUGGCCUGUGUGGCUGAACCUGCUGAGACCAUCUCUAGAGUGGGCUGCUCCUGUAUCAGGUGGCCACACACACACACACACACAGAGAGAGAGAGAGACACACAUAAUGUGUAUGACUGAGCUUUAGGUGACAGGUGUUUGUCUCUUCCUGUGGCAGGUACGUGUUGGUGACAGUAGGCCCUGUCUUCACUGAGGAGAUGUGGCAUCUGGCCUGCUGUGCCCUGCAGGAUGCCUUCUCUGCCACGCUGGAGCCUGUGAAGGUAAAGGCCUUAUAUUGUUAUAUUAUCUAUAUAUAUUUAACCCUAACCCUGGAGCCUGUCAAGGUAAAGGACUUAUAUUGUUAUAUUAUCAUAUUAUAUAUACAGUGCAUUCGGAAAGUAUUCAGACCCCUUCCCCUUUUCCAUAUUUUGUUAUGUUACAGCCUUAUUCUAAAAUGGAUUACAGUUUUUAAAAAAUCUCAAUCUACACACAAUACCCUAUAAUGACAAAGCAAAAAUAGGUUUGUAGAAAUGUUUGCAAAUGUAUUUAAAAAACAAACAGAUUUACCUUAUUUACAUAAGUAUUCAGACCCUUUUCUAUGAGACUUGAAAUUGAGCUCAGGUGCAUCCUGUUUCCAUUGAUUAUCCUUGAGAUGUCUCUACAACUUGAUUGGAGUCGACCUGUGGUAAAUUCAAUUGAUUGGACAUGAUUUGGAAAGGCACACACCUGUCUAUAUAAGGUCCCACAGUUGACAGUGCAUGUCAGAGCAAAAACCAAGCCAUGAGGUCGAAGGAAUCCUCCGUAGAGUUCCGAAACAGGAUUGUGUCAAGGCACAGAUCUGGGGAAGGGUACCAAAAAAUGUCUGCAGCAUUGAAGGUCCCCAAGAACACAGUGGCCUCCAUCAUUGUUUAAUGGAAGAAGUUUGGAACCACCAAGACUCUUCCUAGAGCUGGCCGCCCGGCCAAACUGAGCAAUUGGGGGAGAAGGGCCUUGGUCAGGGAGGUGACCAAGAACCCGGGAGGUGACCAAGAACCCGAUGGUCACUCUGACAGAGCUCCAGAGUUCCUCUGUGGAGAUGGGAGAACCUUCCAGAAGGACAACAAUCUCUGCAGCACUCCACCAUCCGGCCUCUAUACAGUGGAUUGCGAAAGUAUUCACCCCACUUGGCAUUUUUCCUAUUUUGUUGCCUUAGAACCUUAGAAGAACCUUAGAAUAAUGUAUUUUUUGGGGGUUUGAAUCAUUUGAUUUACACAACAUGCCUACCACUUUGAAGAUGCAAAAUAUGUUUUAUUGUGAAACAAACUGGAACCUUGAGCGUGCAUAACUAUUACAGCUGCAAGGCUCUUGGGGUAUGUCUCUAUAAGCUUAUUAUUUUUUUCUUUAAGCAAUGGCUUUUUUCUGGCCACUCUUCCAUAAAGCCCAGCUCUGUGGACUGUACGGCUUAAAGUGGUCCUAUGUACAGAUACUCCAAUCUCCGUUGUGGAGCUUUGCAGCUCCUUCAGGGUUAUCUUUGGUCUCUUUGUUGCCUCUCUGAUGAAUGCCCUCAUUGCCUGGUCCUUGAGUUUUGGUGGGCGGCCCUCUCUUGGCAGAUUUGUUGAGGUGCCAUAUUCUUUCCAUUCUUUAAUAAUGGAUUUAAUGGUGCUCCGUGGGAUGUUCAAAGUAUCAGAUAUUGUUUAUAACCCAACCCUGAUCUGUACUUCUGCACAACUUUGUCCCUGACCUGUUUGGAGAGCUCAUUGCUCUUCAUGGUGCCGCUUGCUUGGUGAUGCCCCUUGCUUAGUGGUGUUGCAGACUCUGGGGCCUUUCAGAACAGGUGUGUAUAUACUGAGAUAAUGUGACAGAUCAUGUGACACUUAGAUUGCACACAGGUGGACUUUAUUUAACUAAUUAUGUGACUUCUGAAGGUAAUUGGUUGCACCAGAUCUUAUUUAGGGGCUUCAUAGCGAAGGGGGUGAAUAAAUAUGCAUGCACCACUUUUUGGUUAUUUAUAUUUUAGAAUUUGUUGAAACAAGUUAUUUUUUUCAUUUCACUUCACCAAUUUUGACUAUUUUGUGUAUGUACAUUACAUGAAAUUCAAAUAAAAAUCAAUUUAAAUUCCAGGUUGUAAUGCAACAAAAUAGGAAAAACACCAAAGGAAUGAAUACUUUUGCAAGGCACUGUAGUAGAGUGGCAAGACGGAAGCCAAUCCUCAGUAAAAGGCACAUGACAGCUCGCUUGGAGUUUGCCAAAAGGCACAGAGAGAUCCUUGAUGAAAACCUGCUCCAGAGCGCUCAAGACCUCAGACUUGGGCAAAGGUUCACCUUAAAGUAGUUCCCCUAUGGCAUCGCGCUCAAGAACCUUAUCUGGUUCCAACUUGCACAUUUAUUUUUAAGAGUGUAGUAAAAGUAAAUGUCCACUUACUAUACAUUUUGAUUCUUAGUUACAGUACUGUAUAAUAUAAUAAUAAUAAUAAUAAUAAUAAUAUGCCAUUUAGCAGACGCUUUUAUCCAAAGCGACUUACAGUCAUGCCUGCAUACAUAUUUUUUUGUGUAUGGGUGGUCCCGGGGAUCGAACCCACUACCUUGGCGUUACAAGCGCCGUGCUCUACCAGCUGAGCUACAGAGAACCACGUUGGGAUUAUGUUGGGAUUACUGUCAUUCAUUACUUUCUUUUUAGAUUCUUCUUCUUAUUUUUUUCUUCUCUUUUUAAUAAUGCAGAUAGAUUGUAACUUCCAUCAAUGUAAUUGUCUGCAUCACUUCCAAAAGCUAUAUCUCAGACUGGCCAAUAAAAAGAAAAUUUUAAGAUGGGCAGUCUGAGAUAUGGCUUUUUCUUUGCAACUCUGCCUAGAAGGCCAGCAUCCCGGAGUCGCCUCUUCACUGUUGAUGUUGAGACUGGUGUUUUGCGGGUACUAUUUAAUGAAGCUGCCAGUUGAGGACCUGUGAGGCGCCUGUUUCUCAAACUAGACACUCUAAUGUAUUUGACCUCUUGCUCAGUUGUGCACCAGGGCCUCCCACUCCUCUUUCUAUUCUGGUUAGAGCCAGUUUGCGCUGUUCUGUGAAGGGAGUAGUACACAGCGUUGUACGAGAUCUUCAGUUUCUUGGCAAUUUCUCACAUAGAAUAGCCUUCAUUUCUCAGAGCAAGAAUAGACUGAUGAGUUUCAGAAGAAAGUUAUUUGUUUCUGGCCAUUUUGAGCCUGUAAUCGAACCCACACUUGCUGAUGCUUCAGAUACUCAACUAGUCUCAAGAAGGCCAUGUUUUAUUGCUUCUUUAAUCAGCACAACAGUUUUCAGCUGUGCUAACAUAAUUGCAAAAGGGUUUUCUAAUGAUCAUUAGCCUUUUUAAAAUGAUAAACUUGGAUUAGCAAACACAACGUGCCAUUGGAACACAGGACUGAUGGUUGCUGAUAAUGGGCCUCUGUACGCCUAUGUAGAUAUUCCAUAAAAAAUCAGCCAUUUCCACCUACAAUAGCCAUUUACAACAUUAACAAUGUCUACACUGUAUUUCUGAUCAAUUUGAUGUUAUUUAAAUGGUUUAAAAAAAUGGCUUUUCUUUCGAAAACAAGGACAUUUCUAAGUGACCCCAAACUUUUGAACGGUAUUGUGUAUAUAUACAUAUACAUCCAUACAAAUAUACAGUUGAAGUCGGAAGUUUACAUACACCUUAGCCAAAUACAUUUAAACUCAGUUUUUCACAAUUCCUGACAUUUAAUCCUGGUAAAAAUUCCCUGCUGUUUUAGGUCAGUUAGGAUCACCACUUUAUUUUAAGAAUGUGAAAUGUCAGAAUAAUAGUAGAGAGAAUGAUUUAUUUCAGCUUUUAUUUCUUUCAUCACAUUCCCAGUGGGUCAGAAGUUUACAUACACUCAAUUAGUAUUUGGUAGCAUUGCCUUUAAAUUGUUUAACUUGGGUCAAACGUGUUGGGUAGCCUUCCAAAAGCUUCCCACAAUAAAUUGGGUGAAUUUUGGCCCAUUCCUCCUGACAGAGCUGGUGUAACUGAGUCAGGUUUGCAGGCCUCCUUGCUCGCACACGUUUUCUAUAGGAUUGAGGUCAGGGCUUUGUGAUGGCCACUCCAAAAUAAGGCUGAACGAUUUUGGAAAAUAAUCUAAUUGCGAUUUUUUGCCCCCAAUAUUGCGAUUGCGAUUUAAUAUGCGAUUUAAUUUAUUUAUCCUUUUUCCCCUACAAAACAUAAUGAAUGAUUUAAAUAUGACCAACACAAUAGUAUAUACAUUUAGUGUGAAAUGUUCUUUCCCAUAGGCUGGGUCUAUUUGUUAGAAUUAAAUUCAAACAUGUAUGACUUGAAAUAAAUGACAUUUUUAUUGAACUGCUCAUUACAGAAACAUCUGUGGCUUUGCCACUGUGCAUUUAAAUAAUUUAAACAAAGGCAUGAACUUUGUAAACACUGUGUGCAAAAGGUACAGUCUUAAGAAAAAAAUAAUUUUAAAUUGUAUGUAUCUUACUGCUCCCAAGUCAGUAACAUUUCACACAACUGAAACAAGGAAUUUGCUUUGAAAAUAUUUUGUAAAAUCAAAGUAAAUAAAGUUAUAAAUAAAAAAUGAGAAAUGCACUUUUAAUUUAGACAAACUAUUUUUUAUAAACGAUUUGAAUAUUAUAAUAUAAAAUAGAUGAGCCUCACUUAUCUCAAGUACACAACAAUAACACACCACACAGACUAAAGUUCACUACGAGUAUGGCACUGCCAGCCAUACUUAUCCAACAGUUCUGUUCUCAGUGGCUCACAGGUUUUUUGCUAAGAAAACCAGAAUAUUGACUUUUUCUGGCUUCAAGGCUGAGCGAGUGCAAGUCACAAUAUUCCCUCCUGUGCUAAAAAGACGCUCUGAGGGAGCGCUUGUAGCAGGUACACAAAGAUACUUGCGUGCCAUGGUGCACAACUGUGGGUAGCUGAUCUUGUGCACCCUCCACCAAGCCAAUGGAUCAUCUUCUCCAUCAAUGGUAGGAGUCAUCAGGUAAUUGUUUAUCUCUGCCUCUGCGACAUCUUCAAGAUUUACAGGCAAAGAAGGAGAGGCUGAACUGGUCUUGAAAAAACUGCCAAGAGACCUCUUCGUCUUUUCCCCCAAGGACUGUGCACUUUGAGGCAUCUGAACAGUUUCAGUACGAGACCUCUUCUCCUAUUAGAUGAAAACAACAGCCAUUAGUUUUCCAGUUAGAUUUUACAGAAAAUUUUUGUUUUUGUGAAAUACAUAAUUAUUUACCCAAUGAUAUGUACGUUGUGCCAAGUCUACUAUCUCUGUCUUCAGACGAGUCUUGAUAGCAGGGAUGUUGUCUGUACUGAUGUACUGUAUUUUGAACCUAGGGUCCAGGAAACAGGCAACAUCCAAAAGCUCCUGGAUGUUUGGGUCUCCAUAUUUGUUAUUGAGGUAUGCUAGGACUUUGGUUUUUAUUGAUUUAGUCAGGUCAGUGUCCUCAGCAUCUUCAGCCAGGACUGAUGUGGCAAAAAGGUGGAGAACUGGCUUGAGGUAGGAGAUGCUUACAUACUCCUCUCCAGAAAGAGCAUCAGUAAACUCCAGUAGAGGAUGCAGUGCCUUGUGAAUCGACUCCAACACGUCAAUAUCCUGCCAGGUUGGGAUAAGGGAGCGUGCAUAUCGAUCUCCAGACAAUACCUGAGAAAUGGCUUUGGCCUGUUCAAGCACUCUGGCAAUCAUCAUUUCUUUAGAACCCCAUCUUGUUGGGCACUCCGUUAUGAGGUUGUGCUCAGGGAGUUUGAGCUCUCUCUGUGCCUCCGUCAGGGCUGCUUUCUUCUUCCAACUGUGGGAAAAGUGCCCCACCAGCUUCCUGCACAGUGCUGUUGCCCUUGACACUCUGUCAUCUUUGAGUGCAUUUUCUAAAAGAAAUAAAAAGUAGUGUAUUACACACAAUUUGAGUUUUGAUACAAGGCUCUCACUAUUACACACUCAAAUUAGCUGUAAUUCUGAAAUACACACAUCCACAACACAUCCUCUCUCUCUCUCUCAAUUCAAAGGGUCUUUAUUUGCAUGUCAAUUCUCUCUCUCUUUCUCUCUCUCUCUCUCUCAUAAACACUAAAAAAACAUGUAAAAAACAAAAACAAGAAAAGAAAAGAAAUGCAGGUGGGCAUUCCACCACAGACAGACAUAUGAUAUAAGCAAGUAAAAUGAAUUUACAUAUUAGAAAAGGAGUGGAAGUAUGAAUUUAUUUAAUCCCAUCCGAUUUAUAUAAUAUCAUUUAUAUAUAUUUGUAUAUUCAGCUUUACUAAUCGACGCAUCUCUCUCUCUCGCACUCGCGCACACACACACACACACACACACACACAAACACACACACACACACACACACACACACACACACACACACACACACACACACACACACACACACACGAUAACUUACCAAUGGCAAGAUGUAAUCUGUGGCCAAAACAUUGGAGCCUCGUCCAUUCAUUAAGCCGCGCAGCAAGCACCAUAUUCGACGCGUUGUCCGUCGUGAUGCAGACGUGAUUCUCCUCGUGGAGAUCCCAGCUGACAAGCCCUUCUCUCAGGCCGGCUGCAAUAUUUUCCCCUGUGUGAUCGUCUGGGAAGUAGGUAGUUUGUAGGCAGCGAGCUCGGAGGUUGAAAUCUUCAUCAAUAAAAUGGACUGUAAGACUCUGGUACGGCUCAGCUGUGCGGCUUGACCACAUAUCAGUAGUGCUAGCAAAAAACUCCACCGUUUUAAGUUCCGCGGCGACUUUCUCUUUGCACUUUUUGUACAGCUCCGGUAUGGCAGUCUGACUGAAGUAUGUGCGGGAGGGUAUACUGUAACGUUUAUCAAGCGUAUGUAUUAAUGCCAUGAACCCAGGCUUGGUCACCGUGCUGAGAGGCAUCAUAUCUUUGGCUAUGAACUCGGUUAUUGUCCGAGUGAUUUCUCCGUGCCGUUUUGAAUUACGUUCAUACGGAGUGACACUUUCGAACAUUUCUGUCAGUGAUCCCUGUCUUGAGGUAUUUGGCUUGUCUCGCGCACUGAUGCUCGGCAUUUUGGUCAUACAACUGUCAUGCAUUGAUUUGUGGUAUUUUUUUAAGUGCUGAAACAGGUUUGUAGUGUUACCCCGUGAAGUAGCAAUCGGAGCACGGCAUGCUCUGCACAACACCUGACGCUGCUCAGCAUCUUCUUUUUUAAAACCAAAAUAGUUCCACACCACCGACGUGCUGUUCCUCUUCGAUAUUAAAGUAUCAGCUGUGUCAGUUUCUGACUGUUCCGUCGAGCAAGAGGCCAUUGCGCUGGACAGCAUGAAAAGUCGCGUCACGUGACCACCUCAAAUCGCGCACGUUGCGAUUAGAAAAUCGCGUUCAGUCAAAUCGCGAUAUUAUCGCGAAUGCAAUUAAUCGUUCAGCCCUACUCCAAAACCUUGACUUUGUUGUCCUUAAGCCAUUUUGCCACAACUUUGGAAGUAUGCUUGGGGUCAUUGUCCAUUUGGAAGACCCAUUUGCGACCAAGCUUUAACUUCCUGACUGAUGUCUUAAGAUGUUGCUUCAAUAUAUCCACAUAAUUUUCCUUCCUCAUGAUGCCAUCUAUUUUGUGAAUUGCACCAGUCCCUCCUGCAGCAAAGCACCCCCACAGCAUGAUGCUGCCACCCCCGUGCUUCACGGUUGGGAUGGUGUUCUUCGGUUGCAAGCCGCCCCCUUUUUCCUCCAAACAUAACGAUGGACAUUAUGGCCAAACAGUUCUAUUUUUGUUUAAUCAGACCAGAGGACAUUUCUUCAAAAAGUACAAUAUUUGUCCCCAUGUGCAGUUGCAAACCGUAGUCUGGCUUUUUUAUGGAGGUUUUGGAGCAGUGGCUUCUUCCUUGCUGAGCGGCCUUUCAGGUUAUGUCGAUAUAGGACUCGUUUUACUGUGGAUAUAGAUACCUUUGUACCUGUUUCCUCCAGCAUCUUCACAAGUUCCUUUGCUGCUGUUCUGAGAUUGAUUUGCACUUUUCGCACCAAAGUACGUUCAUCUCUAGGAGACAGAACGCGUCUCCUUCCUGAGCGGUAUGACGGCUGCGUGGUCCCAUGGUGUUUAUACUUGCGUACUAUUGUUUGUACAGAUGAAUGUGGUACCUUCAGGCGUUUGGAAAUUGCUCCCAAGGAUGAACCAGACUUGUGGAGGUCUACAAUUUUUUUUCUGAGGUCUUGGCUGAUUUCUUUUGAUUUACCCAUGAUGUCAAGCAAAGAGGCACUGAGUUUGAAGGUAGGCCUUGAAAUACAUCCACAGGUACACCUCCAAUUGACUCAAAUGAUGUCAAUUAGCCUAUCAGAAGCUUCUAAAGCCAUGACAUAAUUUUCUGGAAUUUUCCAAGCUGUUUAAAGGCACAGUCAAUUUAGUGUAUGUAGACUUCUGACCCACUGGAAUUGUGAUACAGUGAAUUAUAAGUGAAAUAAUCUGUCUGUAAACAACUGUUGGAAAAAUUACUUGUAUCAUGCACAAAGUAGAUGUCCUAAACGACUUGCCAAAACUAUAGUUUGUUAACAAGACAUUUGUGGAGUGGUUGAAAAACGAGUUUUAAUGACUCCAACCUAAGUGUAUGUAAACUUCCGACUUCAACUGUAUAAAUACAUAUACAUACAUAUAUAUAUAUACCCUUAAAAAAAAUUGUUUCCUUUAUUACUUUCUAACCCUACCACCCCUCCCCUCAUUUGAGUAAACUAGUGAACAACAACGCUUAGGCCUCUACUUCCAGCUUAUACAUGCUAUAUACAUUUUAUGGACACAGUCAAUCUUACAAUAGUUCUAUUUUGUUUGUUUAUACUCCUGAACUUCCUCUACCCUCAACCUCUCCAAUCAUUUUCAUGAUGUCCAUCCGGUUUGCUUCGAUAUGCCAUAUAUUUAAAACUGUGCUCUUUCACAAGAGUUCUUAACCUAUAACCUAUAUACGUAUUAUUGACACAGUAUGUUUUACAUUAGUUAUCUUGUUGUUAUUUGUUGUUAUUAGUCCCAACCUUCAGCUCCAUUCAACCCCUCCUAUCUAUCUCUUAACACCAUCCAUAUUGGAUUUCUAUUUGCCAUAUGUUUUUCAACUGUGCUGAGAUGUUUCACAAAAGUUCUGAACCUUUCUAUUCUCAUUGUUUCUACAGAUUGGAAAUUGACAAAUAUUUUUGUUGUUGCUAAAAGUAUUAUUAUAUUAUUAUAUUAUUUUUAGAUUUUUAGAUUCUUAGUUACAGUACUGUAUGUUGGGAUUACUGUCAUUCAGUACUUUAUUAUUAGAUAAAUAGAAUCCUAGGUGUAUGUGUACUUUUACUGUCUCAGCUGUACAUGACUGGGACCACUGUAUGAAGUUCCAUGUGUCUGAUGGGGAUGGUUCCGUCAGUGUGCUGUGUGUUCUAGAUCCUGUUGACUGGAUCACAUUGGAUGGAACCUCGUGCACCAGACUGUACAGCUUCAGCAUACAUGUCAGAGUACUAGACUACAUUGUUGUAUUGUGUGUCUGUGUCGCUGUGUAGAAUCUGCUGGCGUGUUUCCGUAGUGGUUCAGACAGCUCCUCUGGGGAUGCCUGUGAGGUUAAGGUGGCCGCGCCGUCCCACUCCCCCUCUGCUGAGGCAGAGUACUGGAGAAUCAGAGCCAUGGCCCAGCAGGUGACCCUCCUCCACCACACACUACUGUACAUGCAACACUACUGUACAUGCAGCACUACCGUACAUGCAACUACUGUACAUGUAACACUACUGUACAUGCAGCACUACUGUACAUGCAGCACUACCGUACAUGCAACACUACUGUACAUGCAACACUACUGUACAUGCAGCACUACUGUACAUGCAACACUACUGUACAUGCAACACUACUGUACAUGCAACACUACCGUACAUGCAACACUACCGUACAUGCAACACUACCAUACAUGCAGCAUUACCGUACAUUUAACACUACUGUACAUGAAACACUACCGUACAUACAGCACUACUGUACAUGCAACACUACUGUACAUGCAACACUACUGUACAUGCAGCACUACCGUACAUGCAACACUACCGUACAUGCAACACUACCGUACAUGCAGCACUACUGUACAUGUAACACUACUGUACAUGAAACACUACCGUACAUACAGCACUACUGUACAUGCAACACUACUGUACAUGCAACACUACCGUACAUGCAGCACUACUGUACAUGCAACACUACCGUACAUACAACACUACUGUACAUGCAGCACUACCGUACAUGCAGCACUACUGUACAUGCAACACUACUGUACAUGCAACACUACUCUAUAUACAUGUGAUGGAACUUACACACUAGGAGCUAGAUUCAGUCGCCCCUUUUCAGCUAUGCACUAUUUAAAGGCAAUGUUUCCUUGUUUGCAGAGACUGCAUAUGUCGGCUCAAUCGGAAAUGACCUUUAAAUGUGAAUUGCGGUAUUACGCAGAUCUUCCGUGGUCCAGAUUUAAUCUAGGCCUAGGCAGCUGCAUUCACACAGGCAGCCCUAUUCUGAUAUUUUUUCCACUAAUUGGUCUUUUGACCAAUCACGUCAGAUCUUUUUCAGAUCUGAUUGGUCAAAAAAAACAUUAGUGAAAAAAAGAUCAGAAUUGGGCUGCCUGUUUAAACGCAGCCGGCUACAUGCAUGUUGAUGUGACAUAUGUACAUGUGUGGCAGUCUACAAUCAGACCUGGGUCAAAUACAUACUAUUCAUCAAUCUAGCUGUUAUAAUAGCUGUUAUUAGACAAAAUUUCAAAUCUCUUGUAUUAUAUCUCAAAUCUUCUGGAUGUUGUUCAGUAUGACUAUAUAGCGGUUGAACAUGAAUUCCUCCUGUCUCCUAACUUCCUUCUGUCUUUAGGUGUUUAUGCUGGACACCCAGUGCUCCCCUAAAACCCCCAACAGCAAGGAAGGCUUUGAGCAUGCCCAGUCCUGUGUGCUCAUCAUAGAGCUCCCGUCAGACCAGCAAUCCAAUGGUCAUACUCAGAAAAGGUUGGCAACUUUUAAAUACAUAGCUAGUCUGGUGGCUUGAGUCAGUGGGACAGUUGUACUAAACGUUUGCACCAGGUACAAGCACUGCAAAAACAUAUUAAAUCUGUCCCUGUGUGUAAAGUUUAUAUACUGUGUGUUCAACCUGUCAUGUACAGUACAUCGUCAACUUUAAAUUGUUGCUCUAUUCUAAUCUAUUCACACUGUGUGUUACAGUUCAUGUCUGGGUUCACAGCCUUUACUCAUACUGUUCAGAAUGUCGAUUAUGAUGUGUAGUAUAUUCAGACUCAUUCCCUCCUUACAUGCCUCUGAUCUCUUUCUUGUGCUGGACUUGCUGCAGAAAAAUUGGGUAAGAGCACUUUGAUGACAUCCAUGCCAUGAUUCUGGUUUACUGUGAGCAGCAUUCACCCACCUGUCUUAGUUCAUUACCUGAUGUUUUUAAAGAUCAUCUAUUCAAUGUCAUGUACCGUAAACAUAAUUAUAUUCUGUCAACAUAUUUUAUCAGAUGGCAUAAGCUACUGUACAGAUGAUGAAGACUUCAGCUGGGGAAAUGUAUGUCUUAUAUUAAAAGCAGACUGUUAUAAAACGUUAGUUAAGUCAUGUGUACUUGCAUGUGUGAAGUCAAGAAGUCCAGCAACCUGCUCGCUUAAAUACCAUUUCUCAUAUUCUCCCAAUAAGGAAAAUGUAUUGCUCAAAUCCCGUUACGUGUUUCUGACAAUCAGAACUACUGCAUCAGUAAUAUAGGCAUCUGUUUUCAUCAAUGGCUUUAAUAACCCUUUUCUCCAUCUGACCACAGGAUUCCUUUCAGAACUAUAGUGGUUAGCUUACUUUCCCACCAAGUGCUGCUCCAGAACCUGUAUGACAUCCUGCUGGAGGAGUUUGUGAAGCACCCUGGUGAUGCUGAGGCCCAGGAGAAGACCACCCCAGUAUCUGAUCCUAGACCAGCUGGUUUCCUGCGCUACAUCUCCAUGCAGAACCUGGCCAUCAUCUUCGACCUGCUGCUGGACUCCUACCGCACGGCCCAGGACUUCGACACGCGCCCGGGCCUCAAGUACCUGCUGAUGAAGGUGUCUGGGGUGUGUGGCGCUGCCAACCUGUACCGCCAGUCUGCCAUGAGCUUCAACAUCUACUUCCAGGCCCUGCUGUGUGCCACGCUCACCAACCAGGAGAGCAUCACGGCUGAGCUGGUGAAGAAGAUCCUGUACGAGGAGGACGAGGGCAGCUCUGACUCCUCCCAGCAGUGCUCUUCCGAGGAUGAGGACAUCUUUGAGGAGACGGCCCAGGUGAGCCCCCCGCAGGGGAAUGAGAAGCGUAAGUGGAGGGCCACCGUCCCCUCACUCAGCAUCCAGCCAGUCAGCAGCGCAGACUGGGCCUGGCUGGUCAAGCGGCUGCACAAGCUCUGCAUGGACCUCUGCAAUAGCUACAUCCAGAUGCACCUGGAUCAGGAGAACGUGGUGGACGAGGCAGUGCCUGUCCUCCGGGGGGACCCCCUCUUCUUCCUGCCCAUCUUCCCCUCCACCCCCGAGACUCCCACGGCCUCAACGGGAGGCCUUUCCGGCCGUGGAACACCCUCAGACGACGGUGUGCGCUCCCAGCUAGCGGAGACGCCGUCGGAGGACACCCACAGCCCUACUGCUGGCUACUGCAUGGACAGCCUGCCACACCUCAGAGGGGAGAGGAGAUACCCAGCGGGCCGCAAGAAGGAGUGGUGGGAGAGUGCUGGGAACAAGCUAUACACCAUCGCCACCGACAAGACCAUCACCAAGCUGAUGAUCGAGUACAAGAAGAGGAAGCAGCAGCAGCAUACCACCUUCGUGAAGGAGACCAAGGGGGGAGAGAAGACGGGUGAGGCAGGGACCAUGAGGGGCCCAGAGUCGUCCGUCCCACAGAGGCCCCAGCAGCUGGUGGACCCGGGGCCCAUGAGACACUCGUUCAGUGCUGGGCCAGAGGUGCUGAGGCAGGAAAAUAUCAGAUCCCGCUCCGGUUCUACAGCCAGCUCCCAUAACGUCUCCAUCAGAGACUCAGAGGCUCAGAUACAGGUAGGACCACAUGCUGGAGAAACAUCACUCAGUCUAUGGUCAAUUGGGUGAUAACAGAAAGUACAUUUUUGUUUUUGAUUUAUCCAGUUUUCUUUUGAUUAUUGAAUAAACGCAUGUUGCACUCAAAUGUAAGAGUAAUUAUCUUUCUCUCUUUCUCUCCCUCGCUCUCUCUCUCUAGGCAUGGACCAACAUGGUUCUGACCAUUUUGACUCAGAUCCAGCUCCUCCCAGACCCUACCUUCGUGGCCCUGCAGCCCGCCAUGUUCCCCUGCAUUAGUCAGCUGACCUGUCACGUGACUGACCUCCGUGUGCGCCAGGCGGUGCGAGAGUGGCUGAGUCGCGUAGGGAGAAUGUAUGCCAUCACUAUGUGA